AUAAACAGCAUUAUUGAACAACCUCCUUGUUUCUUUGAAGAAAAUUUAGCGUAUCAAAAGAACACGAGUCAGUCAAGUACUUUAACAGCUAGUGGUCACGCGGUGGAUGGAGACAGUAAUACUCAUCUGAAUGGCGGGUCAUGUGCACACACGCUUGACGAAAAACAGCCCUGGUGGAGAGUAGACUUGGGAAACGUGGAGCUAGUGAAUGAAGUUUACGUCGUAAACAGAGGAGACUGUUGUGGGGAUAGAUUGAAUCCUUUCGAAAUCAGAGUGGGUGAGUAAACAUUUGUGGUAAAGACAGUGAAUAUUUUGUUAGUGCGGGUGCAUUUUACACCGCAGGUCACGAGAUAAAUACGUGCAUUGGAGUGAUAUAUUCAUCUUAAUAGCCAACGAUCAGUAUAUUAAAAUUCUAACAUGACUCCUAGGCUUUCUGGUCAUUUUUCUAUAUUUAGUUUAGUUUUCUUUGUGCUCAAGUCUUUUCUGGGUAUUGCGAGACAGUGGAGUCGUGAAAAAUUUGCUAUUUUUUCCCAUAAGCUUCGGAGUCAUGUUAGAAUUUCAAUAUAUCGAACGUGGGCUAUUAGUAUCUUCUGCAAACUUGAUUUUGCCAUGCGAUGAAAGCAUUAAAAAGUUGACUUUUAGAAUUAAAAUAGUGUAUAUAUAUUCUUAUUCUGAAAUAGCCCUUAUUCACGAUACCCGCCAUGUUCGUACGCGCUUUAGGGUUGAUAGGAUAAAAGCAAUGUCACUUGCCAAUCGGAUUAAUCGCGGUCGAGUUUGUUUACACUGUCAAAAGGGUACGACGAUUUUACUCUUGCAAAAUGUCCAGUUCCAGUUGCGACAAGUUUUUACGCCAUUUUUGAUUGCUUUGAUGACAUCUACGGUCACUACUGCAUCUAGAAAAGAAACAAUUGUCCCUUCCUCUCAUUAUUUAUCAUUAUCGUGUUUAAAGUGAAACGUUCUUCGUUUUCUUUUUUCGAGAAUGAACAAACUCGAGCGGAUUUCUUGCCCUCUGUGUUGCGUCCGUUUGCACGGGGCUAAAAGGUUUACCGGUUUCAAACUUUGUGCAACAACUCCCAACAACACGCAACAACAUGCAACAGGCUGUGCAAACAACGCAGCAUGUAACAUCCAACAAUUUUGGGAGUUGUUGGCCAACAAUGCAAAGAUGGCGAGUACCGUGAAGAAGGUCUUUACGGCCAAUCUGUGCAUUUAUAUUUUAGGAGUAAAUUCGAGUAACGGAGGUAUCAUCAAUCCAAAGUGUGGGGAUGGCUAUAGCGUUUUUCCAGGCAAGGGUGCCUCGUUCUUCUGUCGUCCAAGUUUGUACGGAAGAUACGUCACCAUUCGAAGACAUGAUGAAAGGACAAUCGCACUAAAUUUCUGCGAAGUUGAGGUUUAUUCUGCACGAAGAGGUACAGAACCAUCCGGGAUUAGUGUCAUGCACUUUGCAUUAGUGUUUCACAUAGGAUAGAGCAAAAAUAUUGUGCGUAGUUUCUUCCGGUUUUUUUUUUUUUUUUUAAAUCCUUAAAAGACAAAGAAAUUAUAGGCGAAUCUUUGUUUACAUUUUUGCUUCAUUAACAUAUGGCUAUCAUUGUUUGAUGAAGCUACUGAAAUAAAAUGUCUGAUCAAAAGACCGUACCAAAAUUUGAGCCCCAUUAAUCGAAUAGCUUUGGAGAAAUUUUUUUUAAAAAACUCGAAUUUUUACAAAGAAUAUGUGAGCUCAAAUAGUAAACAUUUUUGCCACCCAGCAAUUUCGCUGAUUUUGAUUGCUGCUAUUUUCUUUUUUAACACUUACAAAGAGCUGAAAAUUGCACAAACUACAAAUAAUGUAAGCAAUGACGUCAAUAAGGGAAAAAAACAACAAAACAAACAAGCAAGCAAACUGAGAAGCAAACAUGUAGUACUCACAUGUUAACGAUCAGUCAGGAACAAAUUUCAUAAUUAUGUUGGGAUAUGAUGGCUACCCGGAAUUAUUUUGCCCGGCAGUAAAACAGCACAAUAUAGGUGCAGACAUAUUGAAAAAAUACGUUUUUUUAUAAUUUAUUUACUUUUUAAAUGUUCUAUCUGUCUCACGGAUCCUGACAGAUUAGCCGUACUGAAAUUACGGUAUACCCAGGUAAGUGUACAGGCCGCCCUGUAACAUUUGAACGAACAGGAUCGAAACAGAAAGGCUGUCAAAAAGGUUUUAAGUAGCAGGCUGAUAAUGAAUAGUAGGUGGCUUUGGAACUCGCACCAAAGGCACAAGUUCUUGAGGGCUGAGGCAUCUAGGGACAUUUUGAAAUUUAAUGUCUCUGAAAUGGCAUUUCCAGGGCUUUUCAAGAGGAAUUUUCCACCGCGGACGCCAUGUUGUUUUGUCAGAAUACACGCAAGACUAAGAAUAAUGCCGUUGAAAUGUCCCAGGCGUUCCACGACACCGCACGGUUCGAACAUUUCACAGAUCUAAACCUGUUUAAAUAUGCGUUCAUUGUCAUUCAAAACUGUGGAACGUAUGCUUUACAAUUUUGUCCGAUGGUGCCUAUUUUUUGUCAGCAGUUAUGGUGGGAGGAGAUGAAAAUAGCUGGCUAAAGAUGGUUAACUAGCUGGGGGUUUGGCGGGCUACCGGCCCUGGUUGAUAGCCCUGAACACAGGUGCUCCUAAAUACAUUGAAAACACUUUUUGGGCUAUCGAGAGUAAUUUUAGAUCUCUAGAAAUGCAUUCUUAAAUUUGUAUCUGUUCGGUCAUCCUAGGGCAACUUAAAUCUUUUCGUAAUUAUUAAGGCUUCAGUAUUACUUUCCCGAAAACUUUAGAUGUAAUUUAACGUUUUACGAAAGUUAGAAUUUUUCUAAUUUCUUUCCUCAUGGCACUUUUGAAUCAGAAAAUCUUAGGCUUCCUUUUUACACGACAAAUACCUAAACCUGGGGAGUGAAAUGUGAAUUGAUUAAACUUAUGAAAAUCCUAGGGAAUUUGUUAGGUAAGCUUCGAAAAUUGUACAUGAAUGGAACAGUCACCUAGAAAUUUUAGCCGUCCUCAAGAAAUAGAAAAUUUUAGUCAAUAUUUGCUUCUCCGAACAGAUAUUUUACAGAAAACAGUCGCUGGGUGCCCCUGUGAACAGGAACAAAAUUGUCUCCUUGUCCCAAACGAAAGCUAAAAAUUUGUUUAGGUCAAGGGAAUCGAAUCAAAUGAGCUUCAGUGCUCAACAUAAACUGCAGGAGUUGCUAAUUAAUUAAACAAAGCUGAAAGUGGCUACGUCAUGCUAUUUCCUAUCUUCUUCAAAAGGUAAAACUUCUUUAAUAUCAGUUGAAUUUCAAAAAAAAAAAUAACGCUCCAGCGUUGUUAUUUAAGGCUUUAAAUUUAAAUUUCUGCAAUUUGAUUGGCUCAAAGCAGUGGUAUUUCAGCUUAAUUUGAAAUAUCUACAUGUGAAAAUUACAAAACUUUUGCUGGUAGUAGUAUAAACAAAUAAUAGCAUAAUUUGUACGUGAUAUUUGGCAUGAAUACCACACGUGAUAUUUCAAAAUUGUCUCAAAUUUCAGUCGCCUAACGGCUCGUGAAAUUACGUAUAACAAUUUCGAAAUGUCACUCGUGGUAUUUAUGCCAAAUAUCACUACCAAUCGUGCCAUUACCUAUACAUAUUUAGGCAUGGUUGGAAAGGCGGGGCCAACUUUUUCAAGUUUUAAUAAUGUUUUCGGUGACUUUUGCACGCAUUAGUAUUAUGGUUAGUGCUCCCUGAUGGAAUUUGUUGAAUGAAUGAAUUAAGAGUCGUACAUGAGAGGACAACAGACGUGCCCUCUUACAAUAUAUUUUAACAUGUGAACAGUAAGCUCGGACGUCAGUACAUAUGAUAUCUCAUAUGAAAUCUUCUCCAUGGCUCUACAGUGUGUACAGGGUUCUAUCUAGGAUUUAUCGUUUGGGGGAGAAGUCCCGAGUGGCCGAAGGCUACGAGUUUCCUAGGGGGAUCCGGGGACAUUUCCCACCUGGGAAUUUUUUCAAGUGAAUAUGCACCGAGUCUGAGAUGCAACUUGGUUCAUCUUGAGCCACAGUUUUAAGAAAUGUUACGGUGUGUGCACUGGCCUGAUCGCGUCUGGAUUUUUUUCCGAUAUAGUUACUUAUAGACUGUGAUGAUAAAAAUAUUGUUUUUUUUUUUUUUUUGGGGAAGCUGGGCAUUUUUUUUUUGGGGGGAGCUUCUACCCCUCAAAUACCCUAGAUAGAACCCUGGUGUAUGGGUAAAGGUACUAAGUGUUAGCCUGUACACAGACGUUGUUUCAUUUUUCUUUUUGUUCUUUUGGAAAACAUUGGCAUGCGCGAGAGCGAGCGAGAGCUCCCCCCACCCCUACCCUUUGUGCCGGCGGUCAAUAAAUCCCCCGUGGUUUAUUUUUUAUCACGCGCGCUCGACGGACUUUGAAUGGAAAAUAGAGGGUCUGUGAACAGGCUAACUAAAUGUAAGCACAUCAUCAUUUUGUGCCGGUCUAAACCCACGCGCUACACCCAGGCGGAUACCCCUUGAAAAACCAUUAAUAGACCGAACAGACCCUUAAUUUAAAAAACACAAAAACAACAACUUUCGAUAUUUAAAGAGGAUAUGUCAAGAAAUUCUGCUGUUUUAGGUCAAUCCUGUUUUGAAGUCACAAAGCAGUGGAUUGCUCCGGAGCUAACAGAAACGUUGUGUACCCUUACCAAACCAUAUGUAUUUUGAAACUGAUUUUAAAGGCACUAAAGUGGGCAUCGGAUUGCUGUGUAUACACAGCAAUCCGAUGCCCACUUUAGUGCCCGAGUACAAGGUCUUGAACUACGGGAACGCUGCCUUUAAGGAGCUGUGUCAUGGCUGUUUACUUCCUUUUGUUUAAAAUGCCAGUUACGCGUCGUUGUUCGCUAUAAAACUCGAGAAAUUACCUGUAAGUGACAAAAUCACAGUUUUGCGUCAAAAAAAAAAAUGUCUGCCAAGCAUCAUACCAAUCGUUACAAACAGCAAUAACUGAACAAGUUUGCAAAAACCACAAUUUGUAUCCCAUUCAAUCUUCAAGUUUGUCCAUCUGUUCUUCUUUUUGUAGUGUUGCUUUGUCAUUGAUACCAUCUACCUUUUUGAGCAGUUAUUUGUCAUUAAUGUUUCUUUCAAUUUGGUGGCGGUACCCAACGUUCACAGCUUCUUUAAUCAGAGUCUUAAAUACAAAUUCUUGAAAAAGUCUUGAAGUUUGCAGAGCAAUUUUCCAGACCUGUAAAACGUCUGGAAAAUAGGGUUAAAAUCCGGAAAAAUGGUAAAAAGUUUGGGUGCUUUUUCUCUUUUUCAAAGCAACAUAAAGUGCUUAAUAAGUGAUGUUUUUUUCCAUGGUCAAAUCCUAUUCAAUCUCGCUCGUAGCCAAGACAUUCAAUAACAGAAUAUUCUCUUAUGUCCGCAGUGCACCGUGGUCACUGUAGGUUUGCAGUGCGUCAUGAAAAAUGUUUGAAUCCUCCUUUUUUCAAGGUCUUUAUCGAUCAUCUACAGUCGAACCUCCAUGUGCGACCACACCUUCUGUAAACGACCACUUGACGCAUACUCGGAUCUCUAUGUUCGCUGUAUGUACCGUGCUACUUAGAAUAUAGUGACAGCAGGGAACUACACAUGACGUAACUUAGACAUGGCAUGCAAUAAAUAUCUUCCAUAAAGUAGGUGUGUCUAGACCUCUUCUUGGAAGAGGCCCCAUGUGCUUCAAUUCUUGUACGUGACCACCGUCUGUUCGACUGUAUUUGAUAACUUUGAGUCUGGAAAAAAAAACUAUUGGUUUGGAAUUAUGUCUGGUAAAGUCUUGAAUUUUGGAUCGAAAAAUCAGUACGAACUCUUGUUAAUGUACCCAGAGCUUAACCGUAAUUAGAACCAACCUUGGGAAGCAACUCCCCAUCCCCUCGGAAAUUGCCUUCUCUUGGACCUCCUCUCCCCUCGGAAUUUUCCGUUGCCCUCCGUGGAGAGAGUUGGGGAUAAGAAUAUUAUCUGGAACUACACAUUACAAUUUUUUCGGUGAUUAUUCUAGGCACCGCAUUACAAGUUGAAAAAUUUGGCCAAACAUUUUCAAGUUUCAGUUUACGUCCACUUUUGCCAUCCGUUGCAGUAGAAGACAGGAACAGUUUCAGAGCGUGAAUACAGCCCUGAAUAACAAAAAAUGGACCAUUAGUCGUUGAAAUCAAUUGAGCACGGACACGUUUUAAGAUUUGAAAAACAUAACAAAGAGCGUGAGGUAGCCCCUUUAAUCUUAAACAUGAUACUUACUUAGGGGCGAUGAUAUAACAGAAAAAAUCUAUUCACUUUUGUCCUCGUAAGGUUCAAUCAACAUAUGAUUAAGUUAUAAAUAUCCAUUUUUAGCGUGCCAAAUCCAGGCUAUCGGUCUGGCCAGCAGUGACGCUAUCCCAGACAACAGUUUCUCUGCCUCGACUCAUCGUUCUGGUAAUGAAGCUUCCAAAGGUCGUCUAAACGGAGAUGGCGCCUGGUCACCUAGCGGAAAUAGUGAUGACAACGACUACUUACAAAUUGACCUGAAAGACCAGUUCUUUAUCUGCGCCGUAGCCACUCAAGGUUCAAGUGCCAAUCAUUGGACAAAAAAGUACAAAUUACGUUAUUCGCUAGACAACUCAACCUGGUUAACUUAUCAAGAAAACGACACUGACAAGGUGUGUUUGGACACAAGAAAAUUUGCAACGCAAUUAGAGCUACUUAAUGGGCAUUUCCGAGUUGCUCCAAGCCUCUGUAUCAAAGCAAGGCUAAGUGCGAAACUAUUGAUAUGAAAAUAAUUAUCUCCUGAGAAUACCCAUUCUCUCAAGAAAUACUUGUUUUGAAGACCGGUAAUAGUGAAAUAACUGAAAGCCUGCUCAACAGAGAACCUGUUUUUUCAUCAGUAACUCACAAAUCUUACUCAGACCCCCUGGAAACAAACCUCUCCACCCCCUCGGAAAUUGUCUCCUUUUCAGGGGUACCCAACGAGAAUAUAGUUCAAAACCACUCAAACAUAGCAUUUUUAAAAGUCUUUUAGUAUUUAAACGGUAGUUAUAGGCAUAUUUUUAUCCCCUAAAAAUCUUUCAUCUGUUCGGGUUUCCUAGCUGAAAGUCUAAUUAUCCGAAAGUUAUAGGGAUCCAAUCUUACCUUUUCGAAAAUCUCAGCCAGAAAAAAGGUUACCAAAAAUUCUUGGUGACCUUUUUAGGGCAAAAUCCGUUAAAAAUGGGCAAUAAUACCAUUAGAUGUUCGAAAAUGCUAGGAGAGGCAGGCAAGCAAGAAAUUUUACAUCAAAUGUUCCGAAAAUUCUAGAUCUCAAAUCGUCUUCCGAACAGAUAUUUUCCGAAAACUGACGUUGGGUGCCCCUGUCCUUUUGGACGUUUGUAGUCGUUCGUAAUGACCAUAAUGAAAAAAGCGCGCUUCGUCGAGUUUUAUAAUAAUAAUUGCUUGCUCUGAGGACAUCUACGGUCGCUAUGUCAUCCAAAACUGUGACAAUGAUUACCUCCACCCGCUAUUUGCGAUUAAGCAACAUUUGGCAGGCAAGCAGAGUAUAUUAUGGAUUCCAAAAAUGAGGAUUACAGUCAAGGCAGGUGAAACGUACGGCCCAAGGUUCUAUUAAGGAAUUGAUUAUUUGUAAAAUGAAUCCGUUUGUCGUUCUUAUUAGUGCCAAAUUAAAAUCGGCAUUUCUGCAUGCGCAAUGAGCAGUGAAUAUUUUACGAGAACUUCUCUGUAUUUGGUCAGACGGAAAAUAUUUCAGUGGAUUAAAUUUCUUAGAAGACGUUGAAAUCAAAUUCAGGGAAACUGAGCUGGUAGAAAUGUCUUAACUGCCUGGCGUAUCAAUUCACGGCCACACAUACAUGCAAGAAUGCGAAGAUGAAUCUGAAAUCUACAACUACCGACGGACUCAACUUUCGAAUAAUAAAUUCAUUAAUGGAAUCUGUAACCGUUUUCAUAGUGCCCAUAAUACACUCUGUUAAACCCGGAUUUUUUUUCUUAAUUUCCCUUGGGACGACCCAAAGAAAAUUUGUAUGACCAUUAAUUUUUUUUUUGGAUUGGGGGUAGUGGGAACAAGAUGUUUUAUGGUCAAUGUGAAGAAAGUUAAAUUGGAAAGAUUUUAUAUAAAAAUACAAAAAUAAAAAAUUCCGCGGUUACACGAGACAACUUUUUGUAGGCUAACUGAUGUUAGGUUUACUAAGGGAAAGUUGCGUUCUACCCGCGGGUUAAGCUAUUCGAUCUGAAAAAAAAAAUUGCUAAGGUAACUUUUGCACCAAAAAAAGAGCAGCUUUAGAACCUAUUUUCUUAGUCUAGUGGUUACAUUUAAUUUACAACAAUGUUAACUGUUUGCAGAUCUUUAACGCCAAUGACGGGGAGGAUGAUAUCGUCAAACACAGUCUGGUUGGUAUAGUUAGAGCAAGGUUCAUUCGCUUUCAUCCGACAGAGUUUGAAGCUGAAAAAGCUUUAAGAGUAGAGGUGUAUGGAAUACUCACAACAACAGGUAAAUUGUGUAUAGUGUAGUCUGAAAUGUCAACCCCCUUCCCUAACCCCCAUUACCCGUCGGUUUUGUAAAAAUAGUGCUUGGGACAGUUUGAGAAAAUAAUGGUCAACGUUCGGUCUCCGUCUAAGAGAAAUCCGGCACAACUGUGUAAUGUGCACGAAGUAGUAACAACCUUAAAAGCGUUCGAAUAUAGUUGAGGAUAUCGCCGUACAAUCACACACUAAUAGCGAAGUAAAGUGAAGCUUACUCACAAGCCCUAUUUAAUAUGAUUUAUAUGGAUUCAUUGGAGCAUAUCGGUGCAUAUACUUUCCCAGAAAUUUGCACCAACUAGGUCAUUUUUUGAAAGUGGACAUUUUUCAUCUUCUUCUUUCUUGAGAUUAGUUUUUGUGACCACAAAUAAAAAUUAAUUGUUGCUUAUUACCAACUAUUGUUUUUAGUUAGCUUCCGUGGAUGUCGAUAAGUAUUCUCUCUUGAAGCAUUAUGACACAUUUUUUUGUAAAAAUGCUAUUUCAAUGCAUUGAUGAAAACUAUUAAUUCAGUUCCUGCUGUUGGUAUUUCUCUUCAGUCAAGUACCAUUUCUUUAUUCUUUGCGCAAUCCAUAGGCCCUCUAACAAUAUAUGGUAAAUAAUAGGUAGAUUUUUCAUCAUCCGGAUUGAGAGAAACACAUCUUUAGUAACGUUCUUUCGGAGCAGUGAUAAAAGCUGUUGAGGUCUUGUCGGUGUUGUUGUUAUUGUUGUUUUUUUUCUUUAAAGUUCCCUCUCUGCUUUUCUUUCAUGUUUUCUUCCCACACUGAAUCUCUAGGUCCUCUAGCAAUACACAGUAAAUCAUCAUCCAGAUACUUACUUUUCUUCUAGCGCCAAGCCGUGCUCCCACAAGCUUUAUAGUGACCCCUGCCUCCUCCACCAGUGUUCAAGCAUCCUGGAAGUUACCAACGGUAGACUUCAAGGCGAUUACAGGAUUCAGGCUACUGUACAGAAACUUAAGCUCUGCUGAGGAUCCACUUACCGUCAUAACCAUUGAAGGCUACUCUACCCUUAGCCAUGAAGUCACUGGACUUGGGAUAUUCACAAAAUAUGAAUUUCAAGUAUUAGCUUUUUCAAUUAUGGGUGAUGGACCGUCAAGUGCCGUUAAAACUGUGAGAACUAACGCGGAAGGUAAGUAUUCACUGUGGAGCUAUUUCUAAGUGCUAGCCUUUUUUGAGGAUACCGACGAUAAUCAAUUUAUCUUGCUCUUUCUCAAAGAUUGAAAUUGUCGCUCGCCCACUCCCCAAUAAGAGUGUGAAGGCGCCUCGAACGAUUGGCAAUCGUUGAUUACUCGCCCGAUUACGUCUUCAAUCCUGCCUUCUAUUAUAAUACUCUAUUUGUCUCCAUAUCUGUUUUGUCGUUUUACCUAUAUCGCUGUUGGGAACAGAUGAUCAAGGUAGAAUCUGUCUUGAAUUUUUAGGGACAGAUUGUUUUUUUAAAAUGCAUUUAUAUGGAAUAUUUUUUUAGGGUAGAUAAAGGCAUAGUAAUAAUUAUUGUUUUCUGGUGCAGGCUAAGGCCGUUGCAUUUUUUUUUAAUCUCUGCGGGAUUGACAAAUUUAGAUAAUCGAAAUGCAUCCUUGUUAUUGUAGUCAAAUGCCAUCAUCCUAAAUAUGUCCUUUUGACUUCUCGUUUUCAGCUCCUUCACAAGCCCCUGCGAACCUGGUUGUGACUGUCAACAACUCGACUAGUGUUUUAGCGAACUGGCAACUUCCCCCCGGGAUAUCCCAAAAUGGAGUUAUUUUGGGAUUUACACUGUACUACCGGAUAAAUGGCACCUCUGGUCAAGCGAACACUGUCACUGUUCACGAUGGAACAGUUCUCUCUACAACGAUCACGGGGCUGGGGAAAUUUACAGGAUACGAAUUCCAAGUGUCAGCAUUCACUAACGCUGGGGACGGACCGAGAAGCUCUGUUGUGACGGAGAGAACAAGUGAAGAUGGUAAGACAUGUACAGUCAAUGUAAGAAUGAAAACACGUACAUGUACAUGAACGAUCCUUUCGGCUAAGCUUAUAUGCGUUAGGCUACGAAUUCUCAGUUCUCAUACUUGAAAUAUCAUUUGCCUGAGGAAACAGCCCACAUUUCCAACGCCACGACAGGAUUGCCCAACGAAAUGACGUCUCUGAGAAAAGAGCGCAGAAAUUACAUACUGAUGACAGUGCCUCGGAUUGAUUGAAAUUUUGCUUUAACCAAUCAGAAACACUACGAUCAAGUUGAUGUAUUCAAUAAGUUAUUCCUUGACACGCUGAGUGAACAUGCACCAAUUAAACGUAUGAAGAUCAAAUCACGCCCGAAUCCGUUUCAUCACACCUGAGAUCAAACAAUUGAUGAAAACCCGUGAGAGCUGGCAUAAAAAGGCGAUUAAAACAAACGACAAACUCCACUGGAACGCUUUUCGAUUUUUUAUACAGGAAGUUGUGAAUAUCCCAAAAGAAUUGUAGUAAGUUUCAUUGGUAUCUUUGUGCCCAAGAGAACUUUCCAAUAUAAAGAGUUAUAUUUAUUUUUGUCGAAUGUAAGUAUUAUUACGACCUCUUUGUUUAUUAUUAAAUUUUUGAAUGUUUCUUUUUCUUGAUAGCACCCAGUUUCGGUCCAGAUACAGUUUUCACUACUGAACUGAAUGAAACAACAUUCAAGGUUUCAUGGGCUCUUCUACCAACGGAGAAGAGCAAUGGGAAAGUCGUUCUCUAUGAAGCAAAUGCGCAGUUGGUAGCCACGAGAGGACGCUCACGGCGAGCAGUUGCAAGCAGCAAAGGAGUCAAUACAACAAAAACCUUUGCUUUUUUUUAUGAUUUCCUCACUUGUUCCCAGUACAGUAUCUCUGUUCGGGCUUUUACGGCCGUUGGACCCGGGCCCUAUGGUACGGCCACAUCGCUACAGACAUCAAGUAAGUAGUCAUAGUUACCUCAAGCCUCUGUUUCAAAACUAGGCUAAGUAAUAAACUUUUCUUGUGAAAAUAAGUUUUCUGUGCAUGAGAAUAGAAAAUCAUUGUCACAUCAAUGGCUUCGCUAAGUAAUAAACUUUUCUUGUGAAAAUAAGUUUUCUGUGCAUGAGAAUAGAAAAUCAUUGUCACAUCAAUGGCUUCGCGCUUAGUCUCGUUUUGAAACAGAGGCUUGGGGUAACUCGUAAAUGGCCUGUUAUAUACCAAAAAUACAUUAUAAAAAUACAUUAUUUGUUGGGAAAUAAGUUUUCUUUUUUUCCGAUAACUUAACCACUUUUCCCAUGAUGCAAGGAGAGGUAGGGAGCAUGGAACUGACGAUGUUUUUAAACUUUUAAUCUAAGAAGUUUAUGCCAGGUAUUUUAUUCUUUUGCCAAAAAGUACGAUUUUCUUGGAUGAUUUUGGCUCUUCCUUUUAGAACAUCCAAUCAUCAAAUUGUAGAAAAAAAGAAAAAGAAUUCAAUGAAUUUGCCUUUAAAGCUUUAAUUAGUAUCUGAAUUCAAAUUUUGCAUUAACUGUGGGUUCUCUUAACUGAGCUUAUACCCGGCCAUGGCGGAGACAAUUUGUUCUGUAAUCAUACGAGUGAUUAGUGAUCGUUUAAUCACGAGUAUAAUUACAGACCCAAUUAGACGACACGAAGUUCUGUUACUAAUUAAUCAAUUUGUGAUAUAGAAGGUUAUUUUUUAAACAAGAAAUUCCAAGACUAUUUUUUGCUAGCAGUGAAAAAAAAAAGCCAUUUAAGCGCGCGCGUGAUGGCGUGUACUAUCUAAUUACUUAGGUAUGAAGCGUACUGUCCAAUUAAGGUGAUUCCAUAGUAAAAGAACCUAACAUAGAUUGUAGCUAAAACUUGGUACACUGAUGUAACAAGUCAAGAAGAUGAUAAAAAAGUAAUAAAAAGUGGUGGUCACCGUGCUCGUUUUGACGUCACAAUGCUGACAAAUACGGCUAUUUAGGACCCUUUUACAAAAACCACGGGCAGCCCAAAACUAGACAAAAAGGAAACAUUUUUUCGAUGAUGCAUGUGGCAUCACACAGAAUUUGACUUUAAUGUAUUGUUUAUCCACUUACGUACCAGAAAAAUGCCUUUUAAUGCCCUUGUUUUUACUUCACGCUCCAAAGUAGAAUUAAAUUGGACGCGCGCUUUUCGACCCGUGAUGGCUCAAUCCGUACAAUUUAGUAAAAUUGCGGAAAAACUGAACAUAGAUUUGUGCCAAUUUUUUUCUAAAAAAAAGGAAGCACUGUCCUUAUUAAAGUCAUGAAAUAAAAAAUGGGGUCAUCGCACUCGUUUUUGCGGUAGAGCUGCAGAAAGUGUGCACCAAACGCAUUUUCUCCGAUUUUUGAGAGAGGACUGGGGGGCGAGUUUCAAAAUAGAAUGUAUGUGAAAGGGUAAGAAAGUAUUAAAAAAAUCUGUUUUUACAGAAUUUACAUCGAAAUAUCACAUUUAGGACACAAUGUGAUAAAGAAAGUGUUUAAAUGAAAAUCAAAGUGAGCAAGCACAAGUUAAACAUCCACUAUCGAGGUUCUCCGAGAGGUGGUCGAACUCAGCAACACACCUACUGCUUACGUUAUGCACAUUCCCAACACAUUAAGUCUCACCUUGCCAAGAAAAAACAACAAGCAAAAAUUCCAAUAGCGUUUCUCUUCAGUCAACUUCAUUUUAAUAAUAUUACUUCACAUGCUGUUUUUUUUACGGCGGCCAUCUUGUUAUGUGCAUUAAGAGAUGCGCAGUGCAAAACUAGGGAAUCACCUUAAACUGUUUUAGGAGGCACUGUGGCCGAGUGGUCAGUGCGUCGGACUCGUAAUCCGUUGAUCCCGGGUUCGAGUCCCGCUCUGUCGACUUGCUGGAUUUGUUGCCGGUCGUCCCGAGCUCAAAUCCUCGGCAACGCUUGUAAAUAGCCAACUGGCCCAGGUUGUUCAAACGUUGGAUAGCGCUAUCCAGCGGAUAAAUCACUAUCCAGCAGAUAGCGUAAUUGAUUUCUGUAAUAAUUAUCGGCUGGAUAGUGAUUUAUCCGGUGGAUAGUGCUAUCCAACGUUUGAACAACCGGGGCCUGGUUGCCUCCUGCCAGUUGGGGUUUUUAAUCCUGUUAUGUUUGUAUUUGAAUUACUUGUUUUGAAGUAUUUGAGUGGAGGGCCUGUAGACUAGCUAGAUAAGCUAAGUGCGCUUUCCACUAUAAAAAAAAAAGGCCUUUUAUCAAGGCUGAAAUCAGGGCAGUUUAUAGCCAAUCAGAUUUGAGAAUUUUGUUAUAGUUUUGAUAAUAAUAAUAAUAAUAAUAAUAAUAAUAAUAAUCACAACAACAACAACAACAAGCUGAAACGAGUCAUGACAGUCGCAAAGAAUUGAAUGGAAAGCACCGGUUUGAAGGGGAAUGAGAAGAAGUGUGCAGUGAUACACGUGAAGUGGGGGCAAGUCGAGCAAAGAAGUGGAGAUAUGAAGAUAGCUGAUCUUAAUCCUAUCAAGAACCUGGACCAACAUAACACCUAUAAGUUCCUAGGCGUUUUCGAAAACACCAAGCAAGAGGAUAAGCAAGUACUGGAAACCGCAGCAAAGACAUACUUACAGAGGCCAUCAAUCAUCUGGUCCAGCCCAUUGUCAGAUCAUGCAAAGGUAGUGGCGUCCAAUCAGAACGCUUUACUAGUACUUACAUACUUGGUGUGGACACAAACUUGGCAGAUAUCAAACAUCUAAAAGCUUGACCGACAGGGAAGAAAGAUCAUCGUGGAGAAUGGAGGAAAUCUCCCCAAGGGAUCAACAGCGAUACUCUACAUGUCUAGGAAGCUCGGUGGAAGAGGUCUCAAGUCCGUGGAGAAUGAAUACAAGAACACUAAGAUCAAAUCAGCAGUAAAGCUUUAUUGCAAGGCUGACGCUACAAUGGCAGCCGUAAGAUCGUUUGAACAGCUAGCCGUACAGAAUGGACGCCACUCCGUCAUUAAAGAUGCCAAGAAGUACGCAGCAGAGGAGCUGGAUCUUCAGUUGUGGUUAAACUUCCCUAACCCAGUUGCUGUCGCCGAUGGUAAGGAAGUCGAAGCUAAGAAGGUAAAGUAGGCAAUCUUCAAAGCCCGCCAGCAGGAGAUACAAUCAACGGUAUCUAAGGAGAGGUGGCAAGGAAAGCUUAUCAACAACAGAUGGGACGAAGAGAAAGUUAAAAUGGAGGAGUUUUUUGCGUGGCUUUCUUCAUGGAAGAAUGCCCCAACGCAUACCAUCGCUUAAGUACAAGAGCUUUACCAACAACUGUUACCUACCAAGGUUUGCUACAACAGAAAAACAAAAUCAUAAGUCACUGAUGAAAAAUGCUGCCUAUGCGGGGAUUCCCUGGAGAAUGGGCAGCACAUUCUAUCUGGCUGUAGUGCAUGGGCAGAGACUAAGUACCUACAGAGACAUAACAAUGCUUUUAAUAUCUUAUUCUUUGAAAUCCUUAGAUCCUUAGAUCCUGUUACUAAAGUUGCAUGACGUCAUCGGCAUUAAUUAAAACUAUGACAUCAUCCUAUCUUAAUGGAAUGCAUGACGUCAUCGGCAUUAAUUUAAACUAUGACAUCAUCCUAUCUUAAUGAGAUGCAUGACGUCAUCUGCGUUAAUUUAUUCCCCCGCAAGUUGAUGAAAUUCCCCCGCAAAGAACCGGAGUAAAACAUCCCUCCUCCACUACUCUAGGAAACUGACCACCAACCCCUCCCCUUAGCCAACAUUUUGCCUUAAGUGAGAAGUAAGUGUUAACGUUGGCUUAGGAGAGGGGUAGGUGGUCAGUUGGAUAGAAACCUAAAUUGAUCCUCCUGGCCAACCCCUUAAGUUUCCCUCUCUGUCCCAUAACUCUCUCUCUCGGGUAGGAAGGUGGCUUUCAUGCCGGGCACGUCUGUCCAUUUCAACCAUAUGUAAUUUGCCUGGAUUUAUUACCGGUACGUUUUCUCUCAAGGGCCAGCCGCACCUAGAGUGUCAGUGGCCAUGAUUGAAGAAACGAAGGUGAGGCUGAAAUGGACGCCACCCACAAAUGUCCCAGUGGGGGGCGUCAAAUACAAGGUGAGAGGUGUAUAAAGGACGCUGACUAGAGGUCGAACGUAAUACAUUUAGUCAGGUCUCUAAAAUAUAGUCCGGAUCGUUACAGACGUGACAAAAGUGUCAAAUUUGGCACAGAGCUUCCUUAGCACCUACCGAUUAAUACUGGAGGGGGUGCCCGUUACAAAUGGUUCUAAUUACAGAUUAAAGGGGGGUUAACUUUCACCUAUAAUAGCAGAUUGGGUGCCCUGUGGCGAAUACUCUUCCUGUUUGAUUUGGCUAAAAAACAUUUGUUUCAAAUUUUUAAGUUUUUCGCGGAGCUUCCGCGCGCGCUUCGCGCGCGCGUAGCGGAACACCAUGGGUAAGAAAAUUUGGUAAACUACCCACCCCAGAAAAUUUGGUUAUGACGUAGCGUAUGUCCGUCCGUACGGACUUUCCGGGUAGUGGAAAGUAGUCCGCAUGGACUCUUAGGGUAGGGGAAAGUAGAGAUUUUUUGGCGGGAAAUCGCAUGGUGCAACGCGUUAUCGUCGCGCAAUUAUAUCGCGCAACUGGUUUUGAAAAAAAGAAAGCAAGUAGAAAGAGUCAGAGCGAGAAGAAGGAGAGAAAAUUAUAGUGAAAAACGCCGGCAAGCAGAACGAGACAGAGCUAGAAUGAACAGACAAAGGCAACGCGAAAGAGAAAUACAAAGGUAAAGAGAACGGCAGCAAAAUAAUGACAUGAUGACAGAAAGUGUUGUGUUAAUGUCACUAUGGCCCCGCGCUAUUAACAUUUUGAUUUCAAACUGAUCUCGGACUCGAAAAUUCAGCCAGUAAUUUAAAAAUACAAGCAGGGGAGACAGGCUUUUCACUUUUCUCACCAUAGUCACGCGUUGAUCACGCUCUACGACCGUCCAAUUUUUAUGCUCUGAUUGGUCAAAAUUUGACAGGUGAGUUCAUGCAGAAACUGAUUUAUACAGCAUCUUGAACCUUGUUUACUUUCAGUUUGACAGCUGAAGCUGACAGAGUAUUUUGUCAACUUGUAAUGUUUUUUACUGUCUUUUUCCACUGGAUGCUUAAAAUGAAAUACAGCUGCUAUCAACAGUCUUCUUUGAUUCAUGGCUGGUUUGUUUAUUGAAUUUUUGGUCGGGAAAUGCGCCGGUUGCCAAAGUUGGAAAUCCGAUUUCGGAUGCAUCGCUUUCGUUUUUACCUUGCUGGAUGCGGGUUGAAAAGACCCUCAAGCGAUUCUGGCCUUACUUUAUAGCUUUCAAGAGCUGCAUCUCGAAUGGUAAGCCUAAGUAAUUAUUGUAUACAGUGUAUGUUUGUUUUUUUAUAUCUAAUUUCAUGAAGUCGAGCGCAGUUUAUGAGGCUAAUUUAUGCACGUUUGUAUAAAGAUCUGAGGCAAUGAUCUGAUCUAGUAUAUAUAAGCUUACAGAACUUUAAAAAGCCUUUAGUCGAUAUUUUCUCUCCGCAUAUAGAACGAAAAAACGUUCCGAAGAGUAUUUAGUUUUAAUUUUGGCUGCAGAAAGAAAGCUUUGAGCGAUUUUCUUGCCUCGAGUUCAUCUUUGAAAACAGUAAACACCAGGAAGCCAGCUAAAAGCUUUAAGCUUAAGCUUAAAGGCUAAGGAUUUUUAGAGACGCUUUAAUACUUGUCUUCGUGAAUGAAAAUUGUUGUCUCUGUAAAUGUUUCACCGAAUUACAUUUCUUUUAUUGAUUGUUAGUAGUCUCUCACAAUUUUAAUCGCUUUGCCGUUUGUUUUCAGUCGUUCAUAAACAACGCUUGCAGGAGUACUCAAAAUGCUGCUCGUAUCAAACGCUUUUUAAGAUUACACAUCGUUAUAAAACCAUUUAAUAAAAAAAAUAAACACAAUAAAUUCUUUAUUAUGUUGAAACGCGUAACUCUUUUAAUGUUCACUGAAAAUUUGGCGCUUGUCAAAAGUAAGAACCGGCUGGCCGUAUAGGUGAUUUUGGAAAUUUUUGGAACGGUUUUGCUAAAAGCCCACGGGUGCUUCGUACGGUUCUGAAUAUUGAAUGAGUGCAAUUUGUCUUGAAAAAUUGUGAAAUACUGCAUUUUGUGUGAGGUCUAUAUGAUAAAAACAACGCCUCAUAUUACUGUUUCAGAUGUGAUGUAUAAAAAGUAUGAAAUGUUGGUUUACACGCUUCCAGAGUUGUUGGCAAGAUUUUGUUAAGUAAACUUGUCGAACGCAAAAAAUUCGGCCUGAUUUGUUUUCCAAAAAUUCGUUUUCCAGGCCUAAUCUACAGUGAUCAAGAGCCAUUAUGGCUCUAAAAUGUGAUCGAAGAUAAUUGCUAUUUUUUGGGUGUAUAUAUACGGCUAUCAAUUCGAUGUAAGAUUUUUUUUUCACUCUAAAAUCACUUAGCCUUAGCUUUCCCUUAAAGUUAACUGAUUUGUGGAUUACAAGUUUAUUGUUUGAUUUAAAUUAUAAAUUUAUUAAUGGGAGCUUCGCUUUUAGCCCUGGCUAAAUCUAUAUAUUAAUUUAGUAAUGUUUAGUUGUUGUUACACUAUUCGAAAUAGUUUACAGUCAAACCAGGUCAAGCGUUCCCGUCGCUAACGAACUAAUGAAUUCAUUCACGGAAAAAUGAUUUCGUUUGUUGAUUCAAUAAUCCAUUCAUAAAAUGAACAAUCCAAUAUUCAUAUUUAGCCUCGAUUCCAUAAUCGAAUGUUGAUUCGAUUACUGUUUUUUGAAAAACUACACUUUCCACAAGUUGACCUCAGAAUUUUGUUUUUUCCUCUUUUUUUUUCUGAGAGUCGAGUGCUGGCGAGUUCUGAAGUUCAAACCCAAACAAACUGUUACAUGUACGCCAGUUUGCUGCCAGUAAUCAGUGCAACAGACCUAUGCCUGACCUCUUAGAAAACACAACGGUCAAACUAAGGUCAGUGUAUGUGCGGUGAUUGGUGAAUUUCGAUCCUCGGCCUUUGUCAGUUUCUCGUAGUUUCUUUGCGUUUGCGGUCUGUCUAUUCUAGCUGUUAUUUUGAUUAAAGGCAAUGAAAAACGCAAUCGUAAACGGCAGGAAAAAGGAAGCAAAUACGAUUGAACACAACAGACAAGAAUAAAGAACAGGUAGAUUUUGUUCAUAAACCAAAUCAACAUUUGAUUAUUGAAUCGAGGUCCAGUUUGACCGUUGGAUUAUUCAUUUUAUGAAUGGAUUAUUGAAUCAACAAACGAAAUCAUUUUUCCAUUAAUGAAUUCAUUAGUUUGUUAGCGACGGGAACGCUUGACCUGGUUUGACUGUAACACGUACAUGAUACUGACUAGUGCCCAGUCUCCACACGGUAAGUGUGGCCAUGUUCACUGUGCGGAGGGGGGCAUGCGGGGUUACGGUAUUGCGGUAUAGAGUGUUUUCACUCACGUGGCCAGCAUCUAUGCAAAUUUAUUGGAACAAAAGAAAGCAUUUGCAUAAUAAAAGAGUUCAACUCCCACAGGACUCGUUUCGGACACCAACAUGGCCGCCGUUUCAUUGUUUUGGGACACCAAUAUGGCCGCCGUGAAGUCAUGUGAAAACACUCUAUUGAGCUUUUUUUUCAAGCGGCAUUUCGGUAAUUUUGAUUUUCAUAUGCGGUAUGCGGUUUUUCAUCCUUUUCGUUUACGGUAUUCGGUAAAAGAAGAUCGUUCACGGUAUUGCAGUACCAUUCAAUUUCACUCCCCUGUCUAAUACAGGUUAAUACAACGUACAGUAAAGUAAACAGGUUAAUAAAAGUAACACUUUAGACUUAAUGGUGAUGACCGGGCUUUUCAAUCGUUCUACCGAUCAAUUCAAGGUCUUUUCAUGUUUUCUCCUGAUGUCUAAAGUUGAUUUCUGGUGCAUACAUGCUUGAGGUGGCAAACUCGCGAGAUGGAUACAGCUUUAAGUAAAACGUGACCAAUCAUAAAAUUCGGUAUCGGUAUUUCGUCGAGUUUGGAGACGGCUUUUCGACUAAGACUUAUCAUUACAUAUCAGUUUAAACAGAUCACAAAGCCAGCUUUCAAAGAUGUCAUACAGUAACAUAAAACCCAAAUUCAUCACAUCCUAAACGAUAGAAUCGUUAAAUUUUGACAUGCCACAUAAACUACCUCAUGAACCGUAACCGACAAAGCGCCCACUUUGUAAUUGUACAGCUAAGAUUAAAAUAUAAUUUGCUUCGUUGGUAACCCUGUCCUUGAGAUAAUGAUUAAAACAUGUCAACCUCGUCCUUAGGGAGAAAAGGAGGAGCAAAGGUAGCACAGUUGCUUAAUUAGUGCGCAGCCUUCGGUGCGCGAGGUCCCAAGUUCGAUCCCCGAUGUCAACACAUCCUUCAACUUCUCUCCUUUCGGUGUAGCUUUGACUAGCUUUAAAUACCCUUACAACGGAGCAUUAAUGGAGAGAGGGGGUAAACGGAGCGCACCGUCGACCUCAACCUUAUCAGUUAUUAUUACUGUCACGAGUUAUUGACGUAAAAUAUGGUUUCUUUACCUUUUUCCACCUUUUUAUUAAAGGUCAAAUGAACCAAAAAUUCGACAUUUUUUAUUUUAGUUCAAUUCUAGUGAAAUGUGUUUAAUAUGAACCAAAUAAACAUACUAUGAGGUCUCAGCUCAAUUGAAGCCAGUAUCUCCGAGAUAUUUGCAAUUAAAAAUUGCUAUUUUUUGGCCCUUAUCUUCGUAGAGCGGUCGGAAAAAUUGUCGGAAAAAACAGCUUGUGACGUCAAUGUUGGUCAGGUGAAAAAAAGCGGGAAAUUCCAAACAGAGUUUUUCGCGUCGACUUGGCGCAGAAGUGGUUUGUGCGGCCAUAAACCUGGAAAGAACAGGCAAUUUGUCUUCAAAAGUCGCAAGCUGUGGUUAUAACCUUCUUAUUAUUUAAUUUUCUCGAAGAAUACAUCAUAGUAAACUGACUUUAACGACAUUUACUAAUUUCCUUGAGUUGUACUGGAAAUGUGCGUGCGUAAGUCCGAUUUUUUUCAAGAUGCAUUCACAAAAUGUGUUCAUAUGACGAAGUUCCCGGAUAUAUAAGGUCCGGAGCUCCACAGUGGACACAAAAACAAAAUAUCUUUGUAUAAUAAUCUGCCCAAAGAAAUUCAAGUUUGCCCACAAUGUGUUUGAGGUCACUGAACUUUGUCGCACUCGAGCAGAUAUUUUAAAACCCACGCUCGAUCGGACACUUAUAGCUUCGCAGAUCACUAAAAUGUAAACAAAAUCCUCAAUGUAGAAGUUUUGGCGUUGAUAUGUGGGCAGAAAAAGCGUUAAUCUUUCUCUAGUAAACCUUCCCCAAGAUCGGUUUCAAAGCAACCAUAGAUUUCUAAACUUGAUCGUUUCGCGCAGAUUAAUUUUGCUUUAUGUUGUCAAGUUGAACAUGCAUAACACCUGCUAAAAACCUACGCGUUAGUAAGAUUUCCUUCAAACAAAGUUAAAGUUACAUUAUUGCAAAAACUUCUUUCCAAUUAUGUAUAAGAUUUAAUUACCGAUUGAGGUCACUUUAAGGACCAUAGACGCCACUUAAAGCUGGCAAAGAGAUACGACAAGCAAAGAACAAUUCCAUCAUGCAUAAAAUUCAGCUUAAGUGAACUAAAAAAAGCUUCAAUAAGGUUGCAAAACAACAAAUUUUCAUUAAAAAAAACCACAAGGCUUAAGACUCUUAUAACUGCUGACAAAGAAGAAGUGAAUUUUCUGUACGGAAACAACCUACCUAAAGAUCUUAAAAGCAAAAGAUCAGUUGCAAGCUUCGCAGCCAAGCCAUGAUUCCGACUAUACCGUAGCUAGAUUAGCUACUUUUAAUAACUGGUCCAUGCGAGGGUCUUCAUUCAAGCAAAUUAAACUCAGCAAACUGAAUCAUUAGAAAGUACAGAAAACUGCACAUACGGAUUUGUUUUGCUCGCUUCAGUCAAAUCCAGCUCCAGCAAUUGUUUACGGGCAAAGAGUCGAUUGUUUUGAAGUCACUGCUGGCAGUUGUCGUUCUCCGCUACUUCACAGCGAGUGAAAGGAAAAUUUGCGUACAGAAAGAUAACAAAACUAUGUAAUCAAAACUGAAAAAACCAAAGGAAAAAAACUCUGACUAUUGUUACUUGAGCAACAGAAAAAUGAUCGAAGUAGUCUUUUCUUCUCGAGUAAGCUUGCUGGCCUUCUAAAGUUCCGAGAAAGUUUUUAAAACUUAAGAGCUUAAAAGCGCACAAGCUUGUUCAAUUGCAUGCGUUAGCCGUUACGGUUCUUUGACUGAAGACAAGGAUAAAGCUGGUUCUGCAAAGGUAAAUAAAUCUGGGCAUGUAAAAAAAGUAACCAUAACUACUAAUAACAGAAUAUACAAGCAGGUUUUAAUUCAACCCGGCGAAAGAAGGCGAAGCACUAGACACAAAAUCAACUCAAAUCGAAUGCACAAUUAUCAGAAAAAUACAAACCUUUUUGGAAAUGUUCAAAACGUUUUAUUCCACCUCAGACUGACAGUUAUCUGUUUUUACUCUAACAUUGGUUGUUCUGAAUCCAAAGUAAUUUUAAAGUGACGAAAAAACAACAAAAGCAAAAAAAAAAAGCCUUUACAACGAGCAAACGUUCGCACCUAGUGUAUUUUAUUCAUUCUCACUCAGAACUCUCACAGAACGAGACAAACAAACGCAGGCAAUAAGGGAUGCGCAGAAACUUGCGCAGAACGUUUUUCCGCCCUGAAAGACCAACAUUGACGUCACGGACGUCACGUAGUCUCCAGUCUAUCACGCGGCCAUUUAAGAAACGUUUUCGUGAAGUUUUCGGAAAUGCUCGGAUUUUGAUCUUUUAUCUUUCUAUAAAGGCUGGGGAAGAAAAAUCUUUACCCAAAUCUCACCUAGGAUGGUUCUUUUUAGUGUUUGGUGAAGGUAAAGCGACAAAAAAAAAUAUGUCAAAUUUUUUGGUUCAUUUGACCUUUAAGCCUUGGGGACGAGGUUGUAAAACAUACCUCUCCAGGAAUUUUUGACACUCUUUAUUUUUUACACAUUUGCAUUUAAAAAGAAGUGUAUGAGGUCCCUGCAUGCCUAGACACCUGUAAGCGGCUCAUUCAGUUCAGAGUCCUUGCACCAGAGUGUUAAAGAUAGGUCUAUACGAUCUUUCGAAAAAAGGAAGGUCGUGCGUUACAAUUUACAAACAAACUAACUUCAGAAGAGCUGAAAUUUACAGAAACAAGGCCUCUUUUAGCCAACCAAUGAUGCAUCAUUUAUGAAAAUGAACGUAAUUUGUUUGAUGCAAUUAGGCGAAUACCUUGUGGUUACGAAAUCUUACGAUCAUGAAUUCCUCAAGAGCAAUUCAGUCACCAACCUUUCACAAAAUAAUGCUGUGGAAAAUAAAAGAAAAUACCAAAAAAAGCAAGGGUGAACAAUAAUUAUGGCCUGGUCCCUUAUAAUGAUGGAGUGGUCAUGAACAAGAAGCCCAUCAGCUCCAACUUUGACCACUCAAACAGAUUUCUGACAGAUUAAAUAAGCAAAACUUUGCAUUCACUUAUGCCUAUGUUGCCACACCAGGAGCCUAGAAAUCGGCUCCUGGUCACACCUUGCUUUUAUUGCUGAAUAUCAUUUUCAAGAGCUUUACGAAAUAUUUUGUUAAUAGAGGUGUUUUGAACAUGAUUGAAAUUUAGAGAUGGUGACAAAAACGAACACAAAAAAGUCACAAAAGGAGAUGCAUAAAACAACCGCAAUCUAAUAUUCGUGUUAAACCGAUAUAAUGGCUCCUUUGGCUGCUAUGCUGACGUUUUUGAAAAUGGAAGUAGUAUCACAGCUAGUCCCGGGUUAGAUAUACCGUUUAUUACCACUUUCACAGUUCCUGAGACUUAGGGCCUGUUAACAUAAAGGUGAGGGACCCCAGGUAGGUGAGAUAACCUGCUUAGGUGGGGUAAAAAAAUAACCCUCCUUUACAUGUAAUCUUACAACCCCGCCAUCCUGGGGUGCAGUUUCUCAAGAUUAUUAAAUGGUCGCUAAGCACGUAAACAAGAAAAAUGCUAGCAAACCACGUCUACGCUCACUUGCUGCUCUUGCUGCAACCUUCAGUGUUGUGGCUUUCUAUUGUUGCCUUUAAUAAUUAUGCCACCCGGCGCCAAAGUGAAUUUUGCGCGAAUUUGAUGUAUCACGAAUCCGACCCCGACUAGCCUGGGUUACCUCACCUUGAAACGUUGACAUGGCAAAUUUGACCUCAGCUGAGAGGGUUACCUGGUGUGGCAGACCGGGCUACCCACCUUGAAGGUUCACCCCACCUAUCAUGUAAACGUGAUCAAAUUAAAAUGAGGGAUUGUAUGGACAGGUGGGUUACCCCAACUAAGUGGGUUACCCUCUCCUCCAUGUAAACAGGCCCUAAAAGUUAGCCCGGCUCCCUUUCCACAGUUUCAGCAGUUAAACCAUUUACCAUUUAUCAUUUGAGUCAAUCUUGUACCACUUGAGUCUCACUUUUACGACUUGAUAAGCUGUUAUUAUUUUUGGACAUGAGUGCUUCAGUGCCAAAUGCAGAGGCUUCAUGAUAAAGUGUGCUGUUUUUUGAAGCUUGGGCUAACUUGUUUCUUUUUUCCGUUUAUGAGACCAGAUUCUUUUUUGUUUGUUUUUGCUUUGUAAAGCUUAGACAAACUUCGGGAAUUGUAAAUGAUAUGACUUGUGCCACGGUGCUUGCUUCUCUGUCAAAACAUGCACGUGCAUCCAGCAGAUAAAGAGAGACUGAAAGGUAUCCAGGCCUAUGUUAAGCUGAAAAAUUAAUUACCUCCCUAGGAAAGAAUUAUUUGGGGUUCUGUCAUUUCGUUAUGUGCUCUUCAUGAACAGCUGUCAUAAAUCCCUGAUAAUAUGUGAUACAACAGACUCUUUGACAAUUUCUUUUUUUCUGAAAUUUUGUGUGUGAAUCGCUAUGCCAUACGCUUUCUUUAGCUUAAAGUAACGUGUAAUGACAAGUAAUACUUGAUAAAUAAGGCUUAAGCCACACAAUAAGGCCUCCUCUAAUUGAAGUACAUUAGAAAAGGAGAAUAGAACCCCAGAAGCUGACUACUUGCAAGUUUUGAGGCAAAGACGAGGCCAUCUUACAAAUGACUUAUGAGAAUGUGGGCGGACUGUGGACUUGCUUCAAGGGCACAGUAACAAUCAACUUAAUUAUACAAUCAACAAGCUAAUAAUGGAUGGUAAUGCCAUAUGUUCGAGUGAAAUUGUUGUUCACAACAUGAGAAGAGCAUUCUGAGUGAUUUAAGGUAUUAAAUAACAAUUUUCAAUCAAAACACCACAGGGACCCCAGCAGGUGAAAUUUACAAUAAUUAAAUCCUGUUAAGCACGCUUCAGUGGCAUAUUUGCAUUGGGCACCCCCUCUAAUAUUCAUGGUACUGCAAUAAGCUAUCGCUGUGCAAAGUUUGGUGCUUUUGUCAACUCUGUAACGAUCCUGACCUUAAGAGACCUGACUAAUUAGGCAAUAUAGCUGACGAUUUCUAUUAACUUUAUAAUCGCAAAAUAUCCUUAGAGCCUGAUUACAUUUCUGUUUAUUAUCAGUAUCAUUAUUGUUAUCUUCAUUACACUCAACUGGAUGGUUUGCUGCAGUCCACCUUUGCUGAUUAUCAUUACCAUUACCAUUAUUAUUAUUGUUAUUAUUAUUAUUAUUAUUAAUAUUAUUAUUAUUAUUAAUUUUUGAUAGUUUUUUUCUUAGUAAUGCUUGAUUUUCCUUUUCCCACUUUAAAUUAUUCACAAUUGUAAAUAGUUUUCUAUUGUAGACAUAUAUUUUGUUUUUAAUAUCAUAGCUGACGAAUUACUCCUUAAUUUUGGCGCGAAAUUUCAGCGUUAAUUUGUAAUUUCAAAUGUGAAAUUACAAAAUUGCCAUGGCAACCCUCCGUACGUCUCAGUGUCAAGAUGGCGACGAAGUUUUAAAAUGUCAUGAAUGAAGAUGUCAGGGCACAAAAAGACGCUUUAGAAAACCUGGACACACGAAAGAGCUCAUCAAGAAGAAUUCUAACAAGUACUUUGUCGAAAAACUCUAGACUUAAGCCAAAUUUAAGCUCUAAACGUUCGAGAGAGUGCAGUAAAAAUACGAUAUAAUUUAAAAUUGUAAAUCUUACUUAAUGUUCUGAUACUUAAAUAAAGAUUGGUUUUUAUUAUUAUUAUUAUUAUUAUUAGCAUUAUUAUUAUUAUUAUUAGCAUUAUUAUCAUUAUCAAUGGAUGGUUUGUCCCAGUCCUCCUUUGCGGACAUCAUUCCACCGGCUGUGGCCCAAAGGACCUGUUUCCCUAAAGUCCCCUAUUUGAAGUGUUUACAUUCAAGAUCAAGGUUCCAAUAAUUCUGAAAAUGAUGAAUAAAAACUAUUAGUUAACGAGGCAAAAUUGACUGGUUUGUGAGCUAAGAACUGUGCUAAUGUUCAACAACGUUUGAAAAAUUUCCAGGCCUCUCGAACGGGUCCCAGGUGUCUAAGAAUUUGCGAAGGUUUCUGGCCGUUCCCAGUGGGCACGCUCGCUGUAAUGGUUUUAGAGGACUGGCGACGCCAAUCUCAACUAACCACUAUUGUACAAAAUGUACCAAUAACGACCGGCACUACAGUUACUUUGCGCAAUUUCCAGGUUCCUUCCACCUCCAUUUCCAGUUCUUUCCAGCGUGGCCGAGGAUUUGAAUUUGGGACUACCGAGAACAAAUGCAGCCAGCGGUCCAAGCGGGACAUGAACUCGGGGCCUCCUCCUAGUCCAGCGCUCUAACCGCUCGGCCACGCUGCCUCCGCUUAAUGUUAAGGUUUUUUUUUUUUUUUAAAUUAAGGUUAAAUACACGGGGACAAAGGAUUACAACACAUCGUUUUUCGAUAUUGGUGAACAAGACGCACAAGAGGCGACAAAUUACUUGCUGGAGAAUUUGGUACCUGGUACUCUGUAUAAGUUUAAAGUUAGUGGUGAAUCCGUCUGUGUGGAAGGCCAACCCACUGCUGUUGACGCAACCACGAAAAUGUCCGGUAAGCAAAAUCAGCUCCAGGUAACCAACAUUUUUUUGUAUGCAGAAUAAAAUCCCGAUCAAAGAAAUUUUCAAUUUUAUAUAAUACAGUUGUGGUAAUCUUUUUCCCACAUGGAGAAUUUGGUACCUGUUACUCUGUAUAAGUUUAAAGUUAGUGGUGAAUCCGGCUGUGUGGAAGGCCAACCCACUGCUGUUGACGCAACCUACAAAUUUCACUGCGAUGUCUUGAAGAGUAUAAUCUCAAUGAACAAGAUUGCACCCAACUAAUUUUAGCAAAAGACCUUUCAGGACGGUGUCACGAACCAGUCACGCUCGCGGAUGGCUGCCAUUUUAUAAACUAGAUAACUUCUUUAAACGGACAAAGGACAUGGAAUCAACGGCCAAUAUAGUUUCAGAUGAUUGAGAAAUAACAUUAAAAUGUGAAAGAACUUGGAUAAGAUAUAUCACGCCAUCAAAUGAAGUUGGACCUUGACAAGCAGAUCGACAAGGCGAGUGUUCGUUAAUUAUCAAGUUUACGAAAUUUCUGGAAAUUCAAACGGCGGUCUCUUCUGAAAACGUGGAGAGCACAAAAAUGUUAUUCCUUUUUGUUUUACUAUCAUUCCUAGAUUGUAUUCAUACAGAUAGCGAAGUUCAGACAGGUGCCACACUUUUUAAAAUUACCCUCAAAGUUGAGCUACUUUCGUGUUUUGAUGGAAAGCCGAAAACACGUGCUAGGGAAAAAAUCAUUGCCGUUGAAAUAAACAAAUAAUUCGGAACUGUGAUAUGGCUAGGAAAUCUACAGUGGUGUAUCUGUAUACGGAAAAGAAAAUCCGGCUUUUUGAGCGACUUGUUCGUUUUCUAGAGCGCGGUCAAUAUUAGCGAUUUUUGCAGUUUGAAAGGCUAUGACGCCAGCGCUAAUCGUCCGGAAAUUCAAAAAUUGGUAAAAAAAUAUAUUUAUCACUUUCGGUCAAACGAAAUGUAUUUUUGUAACUACUAAGUUGAAGGCUUUAAUAUCCCAGAAUAUAAGGGAAAUUAAUUUUUUGAUCCAAAAUCACUGGUCGGUUUUUACGGAGACACGCUCUUAAAACUUCGUUUCAAAAUAUUUUGAAAACGCUCUCGUAGAAUUUGUUCAAACUUACCUGGUACUCUGUAUAAGUUUAAAGUUAGUGGUGAAUCCGUCUGUGUGGAAGGCCAACCCACUGCUGUUGACGCAACCACGAAAAUGUCCGGUAAGCAAAAUCAGCUCCAGGUAACUAACAUUUUUUUGUAUGCAGUUUUCAAUGGAAUCAAAACACUAUGAGAUGAAGCCGCGUUUCCAAAGCUUAUCAUUUUCUUAAAAAAAUGAGCUAAUUGUGUGGGUAACAUGCUAUUUCACUGUUUUUAUGAUGCUUAAAACUUCGUUUCAAAAUAUUUUGAAAACGCUCUCGUAGAAUUUGUUCAAACUUUGCCAUAAUUGAGGCAAUUAUGGCAGGUACAUACCCCCUUAAGCGAUUUGUUAAAAAAAAAAACAAAAAAAAAAAAAAAAAAAAAAAAAAAAAAAAAAAACGCCUGGUACAGAGAAACACAAAGAUAAAUAAAAAAUGUAAUGGCGUCAUUACGUUGCCAUGGCGACUCCGAUUGCAAUAAAAUCCCGAUCAAAGAAAUUUUCAAUUUUAUAUAAUACAGUUGUGGUAAUCUUUUUCCCAUAUGGAGAAUUUGGUACCUGUUACUCUGUAUAAGUUUAAAGUUAGUGGUGAAUCCGUCUUUGUGGAAGGCCAACCCACUGCUGUUGACGCAACCACGAAAAUGUUCGGUAAGCAAAAGCAGCUCCAGGUAACUAACAUUUAAAACUAAAUCUGUGUAUUUUGAUGAAGGUUUUUCUUUGUGGUAAUAUGCCAAUGGUGCAAAUUUUCAAUGAGUUGGAAUUUUGGACGGAGUUAAAACAAAAUUCAAGGCGUUUGUUGAACUACAAUAAAUACCUUAACAUUACGCGUUCAUCUAUUUUUGAGGCAAUUUUUUGGAAACUGAAUAAAAAAGAAUAGUGUUGAUUUGCUUUAUUGAAAUACCCAGCAUUCUGACCAAUGCAAAAACGUAGCUUAAUCAAGCGAUAAAACACUAUUCAUUUAGUGCUGUUAAAGAGGAGGCUUCUAAUUUCUUACUAUGAGAUUUUGAAAAUGAAAUUCUUAAGCUCGCUCACUCUUAAGAAUUUUAGCAGCUAUUUGACUUGAAAGCUCUCUUGAACGCCUUCUUACAAAUGGUCUCCAUUAUUUCAAGGAAAGUGAACAAGACUGAAACUUCCCGCUACAAAAGGGUUUACCAUAGUGCACUGUAGGCUAUGAAACAUAGUUCGCGGGAGCAACCUUAAGGUGGCUCGACUGGAUUUUUUGGGGGAAUACCUCCCAAGUUUGAGCAUUAACUACGUCGGCAUGAGUAAAGAUAUAUGGGAAAAAGGUUACCACAGCUGAAUUUAUAUAAAGAUGAAAACUUUCUUAUGGUCUGUAUUUAUUGCAAACGGAGUCGCCAUGACAACGUACCGACGCCAUUACGUCGUCCUCAUUAUUCACUGGCAUUGUUUUCAAGUUUCAUAUGCGCGUGCACAUUUAGCAAAAAGAAAUAAAUUUGCUUAAAAAACUCUCGAUUACUUUCCGAAGAAAUAUUCGAAAUAUUCUAACAAUUGGCUUGUGUCACAGAUAGCAGUGAGAGCCGAAACUGAACGUCGCGGCUCAUGGCGUAGGAUGCAAUACUUAAUGAUCUUACUCGGGUUAUAACGUCACAAAAACUCUUAAAAAGAGUUAAUGUGAUCUUAUAACAUAUCACUAAUUUCAUUUACGCGGUUAUUAGCAUAUUCCGGAGAUUUAACCGAGGGUCCUUUUUGAUGCAAAUUGUAUCUUUUUGCUAAAUGUGCACGUGCAUAUGAAACUUGAAAACAAUGCCAGUGAAUAACGAGGACGCUCACCUGUAAACACAAAAUCUGGUUAAAAAUUGGUUAUGUUUGAGGCCCUAUUUAAACGCCUUCUCUGUUUUCAAUGUUCUUGAAACUUGCAGGGUAUAUUUAUUGCCGAUUUAUCGCGGGGCUAUGAAAUUUAUGAAAAAAUUAUUGCGCGUUUUUUUUGAAAAAUGCGAAAUUUGUAGGCAUGGACCAAAUUACCUGCAAAAACUGUAACAAAAACAGCUGAAUGCAAGUCAAUAAAAUUCUUCUUACUUGCGAUCGCCCAGAGCAAUUCCCCUCUUUUUUUGUAUGCAGUUUUCAAUGGAAUCAAAACACUAUGAGAUGAAGCCGCGUUUCCAAAGCCUAUCAUUUUCUUAAAAAAAUAGCUAAUUGUGUGAGUAACAUGCUAUUUCACUGUUUUUAUGAUGCUUAAGGUGGCUCCGUAAUUAAUACAAGAGCAUUUAACUGUGACAAAUUUUCCGUCAUAACUUUUUGGUUUUUAACGCGAUGGCUGCGAAACUUGGCACAGAACAACAGAUAUCAAUCGGUAAUAACACAAAAUAUUCCGAUUUCACUGAUGGUAAAUAUUUCUUGAGAAAUUAGUGCUUAAAAGGACCCUACUGUUCAAAGAAAAUCGCGUCUAGUAAAAAAUUUUGCUGAUAUUUUUUACUGAAAUUUCUGGUAUCGGCUUUAAUUGAUAUAAUAAAUAAGCCAGAGGAAUUUCAGAAAAAUCGUUGGAGCAGAAGUCCGUAACUAAAAGUCGGUCAAAAUUCAGCUGUGAAAUUGUUUUGGAAUUUCAAAAAUAAAUUACUAUCAGAAAGAAGGAGCCACCAGUUUGAAUUUUCGGGACAAGUAAAUUCAACGCUUGCUAAUUCUUAAAACAAAAGCCGAUUGCCUAUCGUGCUAUUCUUUGAAAGGUACUUUUUAGUUUUAGAAGAACUAUAAAUUGCUCCAAACCUUGCUCUGAAGUAGAAUGACUUGUUCGUCGACAGUUUUAAAAUAUCCCUUGGCAGUUUUGGCUCAAACUCCUGCUGCAUACAUUUUGAUGUAUUGCCAUGCAUUUUCAACGAUUUUUACUGCCGUUCGUUGCUUCCAACUCGGGAAAAAAGUAUUGAGAUUGGACGCUACCUCGUAUCAGAGCUCAGAAAGAACUGUCCAGCACCUUUGUUUAUGACUACAAAAUGAGCACGAGCGGCAGCUCUGCGAGGAAUUCGCACCUCAACCAGGGGGGACGAGUGACAAUGAUGCCCUUGCAGAGUAAAACAUAAUAAUCAAGAAAAAAAUACCCAUUCAUUGAAGGAAGGAGUGACAAAAAUUUCGGAGUUGUAAAUUUAUUAACGGGCAGUAUUUUUGCGAUAAUUUUAUUUUGCACUGUGAUGUUAUUUGGAUCACAAGCAUGGUCAUCAUUGUCGUUCGUCCCCCCUGGGUGAGGUGCGAAUUCCACGCAGAACUGCCGCUCGUGCUCAUUUUGUAGUCAUAAACAAAGGUGCUGGACAGUUCUUUCUGAGCUCUGAUACGAGGUAGCGUCCAAUCUCAAUACUUUUUUCCCGAGUUGGAAGCAACGAACGGCAGUAAAAAUCGUUGAAAAUGCAUGGCAAUACAUCAAAAUGUAUGCAGCAGGAGUUUGAGCCAAAACUGCCAAGGGAUAUUUUAAAACUGUCGACGAACAAGUCAUUCUACUUCAGAGCAAGGUUUGGAGCAAUUUAUAGUUCUUCUAAAACUAAAAAGUACCUUUCAAAGAAUAGCACGAUAGGCAAUCGGCUUUUGUUUUAAGAAUUAGCAAGCGUUGAAUUUACUUGUCCCGAAAAUUCAAACUGGUGGCUCCUUCUUUCUGAUAGUAAUUUAUUUUUGAAAUUCCAAAACAAUUUCACAGCUGAAUUUUGACCGACUUUUAGUUACGGACUUCUGCUCCAACGAUUUUUCUGAAAUUCCUCUGGCAUAUUUAUUAUAUCAAUUAAAGCCGAUACCAGAAAUUUCAGUAAAAAAUAUCAGCAAAAUUUUUUACUAGACGCGAUUUUCUUUGAACAGUAGGGUCCUUUUAAGCGCUAAUUUCUCAAGAAAUAUUUACCAUCAAUGAAAUCGGAAUAUUUCGUAUUAUUGCCGAAUGAUAUCUGUUGUUAAUUGCAAAGUUUCGCAGCCAUUGCGUUAAAAUCGAAAAAGUUAUGACGGAAAAUUUGUCACAGCUAAAUGCUCUUGGGUUAAUUACGGAGCCACCUUAAAACUUCGUUUCAAAAUAUUUUGAAAACGCUCUCGUAGAAUUUGUUCAAACUUUGCCAUAAUUGAGGCAAUUAUGGCAGGUACAUACUCCCUUAAGCGAUUUGUUAAAAACGCCUGGUACAGAGAAAUACAAAGAUAAAUAAAAAAUGUAAUGGCGUCAUUACGUUGCCAUGGCGACUCCGAUUGCAAUAAAAUCCCGAUCAAAGAAAUUUUCAAUUUUAUAUAAUACAGUUGUGGUAAUCUUUUUCCCAUAUGGAGAAUUUGGUACCUGUUACUCUGUAUAAGUUUAAAGUUAGUGGUGAAUCCGUCUUUGUGGAAGGCCAACCCACUGCUGUUGACGCAACCACGAAAAUGUUCGGUAAGCAAAAGCAGCUCCAGGUAACUAACAUUUAAAACUAAAUCUGUGUAUUUUGAUGAAGGUUUUUCUUUGUGGUAAUAUGCCAAUGGUGCAAAUUUUCAAUGAGUUGGAAUUUUGGACGGAGUUAAAACAAAAUUCAAGGCGUUUGUUGAACUACAAUAAAUACCUUAACAUUACGCGUUCAUCUAUUUUUGAGGCAAUUUUUUGGAAACUGAAUAAAAAAGAAUAGUGUUGAUUUGCUUUAUUGAAAUACCCAGCAUUCUGACCAAUGCAAAAACGUAGCUUAAUCAAGCGAUAAAACACUAUUCAUUUAGUGCUGUUAAAGAGGAGGCUUCUAAUUUCUUACUAUGAGAUUUUGAAAAUGAAAUUCUUAAGCUCGCUCACUCUUAAGAAUUUUAGCAGCUAUUUGACUUGAAAGCUCUCUUGAACGCCUUCUUACAAAUGGUCUCCAUUAUUUCAAGGAAAGUGAACAAGACUGAAACUUCCCGCUACAAAAGGGUUUACCAUAGUGCACUGUAGGCUAUGAAACAUAGUUCGCGGGAGCAACCUUAAGGUGGCUCGACUGGAUUUUUUGGGGGAAUACCUCCCAAGUUUGAGCAUUAACUACGUCGGCAUGAGUAAAGAUAUAUGGGAAAAAGGUUACCACAGCUGAAUUUAUAUAAAGAUGAAAACUUUCUUAUGGUCUGUAUUUAUUGCAAACGGAGUCGCCAUGACAACGUACCGACGCCAUUACGUCGUCCUCAUUAUUCACUGGCAUUGUUUUCAAGUUUCAUAUGCGCGUGCACAUUUAGCAAAAAGAAAUAAAUUUGCUUAAAAAACUCUCGAUUACUUUCCGAAGAAAUAUUCGAAAUAUUCUAACAAUUGGCUUGUGUCACAGAUAGCAGUGAGAGCCGAAACUGAACGUCGCGGCUCAUGGCGUAGGAUGCAAUACUUAAUGAUCUUACUCGGGUUAUAACGUCACAAAAACUCUUAAAAAGAGUUAAUGUGAUCUUAUAACAUAUCACUAAUUUCAUUUACGCGGUUAUUAGCAUAUUCCGGAGAUUUAACCGAGGGUCCUUUUUGAUGCAAAUUGUAUCUUUUUGCUAAAUGUGCACGUGCAUAUGAAACUUGAAAACAAUGCCAGUGAAUAACGAGGACGCUCACCUGUAAACACAAAAUCUGGUUAAAAAUUGGUUAUGUUUGAGGCCCUAUUUAAACGCCUUCUCUGUUUUCAAUGUUCUUGAAACUUGCAGGGUAUAUUUAUUGCCGAUUUAUCGCGGGGCUAUGAAAUUUAUGAAAAAAAUUAUUGCGCGUUUUUUUUGAAAAAUGCGAAAUUUGUAGGCAUGGACCAAAUUACCUGCAAAAACUGUAACAAAAACAGCUGAAUGCAAGUCAAUAAAAUUCUUCUUACUUGCGAUCGCCCAGAGCAAUUCCCCUCUUUUUUUGUAUGCAGUUUUCAAUGGAAUCAAAACACUAUGAGAUGAAGCCGCGUUUCCAAAGCCUAUCAUUUUCUUAAAAAAAUAGCUAAUUGUGUGAGUAACAUGCUAUUUCACUGUUUUUAUGAUGCUUAAGGUGGCUCCGUAAUUAAUACAAGAGCAUUUAACUGUGACAAAUUUUCCGUCAUAACUUUUUGGUUUUUAACGCGAUGGCUGCGAAACUUGGCACAGAACAACAGAUAUCAAUCGGUAAUAACACAAAAUAUUCCGAUUUCACUGAUGGUAAAUAUUUCUUGAGAAAUUAGUGCUUAAAAGGACCCUACUGUUCAAAGAAAAUCGCGUCUAGUAAAAAAUUUUGCUGAUAUUUUUUACUGAAAUUUCUGGUAUCGGCUUUAAAGGAUAUAAUAAAUAUGCCAGAGGAAUUUCAGAAAAAUCGUUGGAGCAGAAGUCCGUAACUAAAAGUCGGUCAAAAUUCAGCUGUGAAAUUGUUUUGGAAUUUCAAAAAUAAAUUACUAUCAGAAAGAAGGAGCCACCAGUUUGAAUUUUCGGGACAAGUAAAUUCAACGCUUGCUAAUUCUUAAAACAAAAGCCGAUUGCCUAUCGUGCUAUUCUUUGAAAGGUACUUUUUAGUUUUAGAAGAACUAUAAAUUGCUCCAAACCUUGCUCUGAAGUAGAAUGACUUGUUCGUCGACAGUUUUAAAAUAUCCCUUGGCAGUUUUGGCUCAAACUCCUGCUGCAUACAUUUUGAUGUAUUGCCAUGCAUUUUCAACGAUUUUUACUGCCGUUCGUUGCUUCCAACUCGGGAAAAAAGUAUUGAGAUUGGACGCUACCUCGUAUCAGAGCUCAGAAAGAACUGUCCAGCACCUUUGUUUAUGACUACAAAAUGAGCACGAGCGGCAGUUCUGCGUGGAAUUCGCACCUCACCCAGGGGGGGACGAACGACAAUGAUGACCAUGCUUGUGAUCCAAAUAACAUCACAGUGCAAAAUAAAAUUAUCGCAAAAAUACUGCCCGUUAAUAAAUUUACAACUCCGAAAUUUUUGUCACUCCUUCCUUCAAUGAAUGGGUAUUUUUUUCUUGAUUAUUAUGUUUUGCUCUGCAAGGGCAUCAUUGUCACUCGUCCCCCCUGGUUGAGGUGCGAAUUCCUCGCAGAGCUGCCGCUCGUGCUCAUUUUGUAGUCAUAAACAAAGGUGCUGGACAGUUCUUUCUGAGCUCUGAUACGAGGUAGCGUCCAAUCUCAAUACUUUUUUCCCGAGUUGGAAGCAACGAACGGCAGUAAAAAUCGUUGAAAAUGCAUGGCAAUACAUCAAAAUGUAUGCAGCAGGAGUUUGAGCCAAAACUGCCAAGGGAUAUUUUAAAACUGUCGACGAACAAGUCAUUCUACUUCAGAGCAAGGUUUGGAGCAAUUUAUAGUUCUUCUAAAACUAAAAAGUACCUUUCAAAGAAUAGCACGAUAGGCAAUCGGCUUUUGUUUUAAGAAUUAGCAAGCGUUGAAUUUACUUGUCCCGAAAAUUCAAACUGGUGGCUCCUUCUUUCUGAUAGUAAUUUAUUUUUGAAAUUCCAAAACAAUUUCACAGCUGAAUUUUGACCGACUUUUAGUUACGGACUUCUGCUCCAACGAUUUUUCUGAAAUUCCUCUGGCAUAUUUAUUAUAUCCUUUAAAGCCGAUACCAGAAAUUUCAGUAAAAAAUAUCAGCAAAAUUUUUUACUAGACGCGAUUUUCUUUGAACAGUAGGGUCCUUUUAAGCGCUAAUUUCUCAAGAAAUAUUUACCAUCAAUGAAAUCGGAAUAUUUCGUAUUAUUGCCGAAUGAUAUCUGUUGUUAAUUGCAAAGUUUCGCAGCCAUGGCGUUAAAAUCGAAAAAGUUAUGACGGAAAAUUUGUCACAGCUAAAUGCUCUUGGGUUAAUUACGGAGCCACCUUAAAACUUCGUUUCAAAAUAUUUUGAAAACGCUCUCGUAGAAUUUGUUCAAACUUUGCCAUAAUUGAGGCAAUUAUGGCAGGUACAUACUCCCUUAAGCGAUUUGUUAAAAACGCCUGGUACAGAGAAAUACAAAGAUAAAUAAAAAAUGUAAUGGCGUCAUUACGUUGCCAUGGCGAUUCCGAUUGCAAUAAAAUCCCAAUCACAGAAAUUUUUAGUUUUAUAUAAUACAGUUGUGGUAAUUUUUUUUUUUCCAUAUCUUUCUCAUGCCGACGUAGUUAAUGCUCAAACUUGGGAGGUAUCCCACCCUGAGAAAUCCAGACGAGCCACGUUAAUUGAAAUAGUUGUAUACAUAAACAUACAUACAACUUUAUUUAAACACAUUAAAAUCUUCAGUAAUAUACAAAGUUACGAAUUAAUAUUUUAGAUUAAAAAAAUUAAAGUAGGGUAUGUUAUUUAAUGGGUGACUUUAACUUAACUCUAUUGAACCACCGAAGUCCUUCCGUUACUGGUGAAUUUUUAGAUGCGCUAUAUUCAAAUAUGUUCUUUCCAUUGAUUACGCACCCUACAAGAAUAACUUGUCAUUCGGCAACUUUAAUUGACAACAUUUUCGUCAACCAAUUUUCCGAUAGAUCUAGGAGUGGACUGUUUUUCACUGACAUUUCUGACCAUCUGCCUAUAUUUUCUAUUCAUUUCGACACCUCAAUCUCACCAUGUAGUGAAACUGUUUUUGUUCGAGAUGUAAAUCAAGUCAACACAACUAAGUUUCUAUCGUAUUUGGAGAGAAUUGACUGGGCUCAGUAUGCCACUCUUGAUGAUCCAAAUAAUGCCUAUAACAGCUUUUUCAAACAAUACUCUACGGCAUAUGAGUCAUGUUUUCCUUUAGAAAAAAUUAAUGUGAGCAAUUACCGUUGAGUAAGCCUUGGUUAUCGAAAGGACUCCUGAAGUCGAUAAGAAUGAAAAAUAAGUUAUAUAGACAGUAUCUCACUAAUCAAUCUUCGCAUUAUGAAACUCGUUAUAAAAAAAUUACAAAAACAAAUUGAAUCACUCAUUAAGAAUUGCUAAACGUAUAUAUUACGAAAAGAAAAUCGAUACUUCUAAAUCAAAUGCCAAAGCUACAUGGAGAGCUCUAAACGAAAUUAUUAAGACAAAAAAGAAAGCGUUUAAAAUCAAUUCCAUCUUUCAAGUUGACAACCAAGAAAUUAAGGAUCCAUUAGACAUCGCUAAUAGAUUCUGUAGUUAUUUUUCUAGUAUCGGAUCUAAUCUAGCCAAAGAAAUUCACUCGUCUGUCUCUCACCGCAGUUUUCUCUCUGGUCACUUUUGUCAAUCGGUGUUUUUUGAUCCAGUGACUCCAAAUGAGCUAUCGGAAAUUUCCAAUGCUUUUCGACCAGGUAAGGCAGCUGGUCAUGAUAGAAUUCCCAUUUCCAUCAUAAAGCAGUCAAUUCAAAUUAUAGCCGAUCCUUUAGCUCAUAUAAUCAAUUUAUGGCAUUGUUCCCGACCAAAUGAAAAUUGCUCGCGUGAUACCACUCUUUAAAGCCGGUGAUCGAUCACUCUUUACGAACUAUAGACCGAUCUCGAUUCUCCCUAGCUUUUCUAAGUUUCUUGAAAAGGUUGUUUAUAACCGUCUUUAUAAUUAUUUAAGUAAACUUGAAAUUCUAUGUGAUAAUGAAUUUGGCUUCAGGAAAAAUCAUUCAACUUCGUUGGCAUUGAUUGACCCAUAUGAAAAAAUCUCCCUUGCUUUUGAUCGCAAUGAACAUGCCGUUGGCGUUUCCCUUGAUCUUUCUAAGGCCUUUGAUACCUUCAAUCAUAAUAUUCUGCUUGACAAACUCGAACACUAUGGUAUACGUGGCGUUGCUCUGGACUGGGUUAGAAGCUACCUCUCCAACAGGUUGCAAUUCGUUCAAUUUAACGGUCAAUGCUCCUCUCCUCAAACUUUCUGCUGUGGUGUCCCCCAGGGACCCAUUUUGGGCCCCUUGUUUUUCUUGCUCUAUAUUAAUGAUUUAAAUAACGUAUCGACGCUCGUUGAGCUGAUUUUAUUCGCUGAUGAUACUAAUUUAUUUAUGUCCCAUAAAGAUCCUGUCUACCUGGCAGCCUCACUCAAUUCCGAACUUAAUAAAUUAUCCACUUGGUUUAAGGCAAACAAACUCUCCUUAACACAGCAUGAAAAUGGAGAUUUUCGCAAAAUUAAAGUUUGCGUAAACCUGCGUAAAGUUGGUCAUCCAUUUUUACGCAAACUUUCCACCCCGCGUAAAGGUUUGUGAAGGUAAAUUUACGCGCUCGGCUCUUAAAGGUUGCGUAAAGCUAGCAUAAAGUUGUUGUAACAGCUUUACGCUCAUUUACGCUACAAGUAAAGGUUUAGUAAGGUUGUCAUAUAAUGCUAGCUUCCUAACAGGAAUUUAUUCCCGGCACUGUUUUUAGUAAGUCGUUUGUGUCCUGAUACUAGUUCGCAUAGUUUUUUUGAUCACUCAUUUGGUGUUCGAUGUUGGUGUGCGAUGUAAACAAGCCAACCACGCAAAUUUUUUUUUGGUGGUGCGAACGACUUCGUACACGCUUAAAAAUGACGCUGAAAAGAAAAUUCUGCUGGCAGAGUUCAUGCAAAGAUAUAGCUUGCGACUGUGCGGCAAUUUUCGAAAAACGGUGUAUCUGUCGCGGCGAACACAAUAGCGUUCAAUACUCAGUAGUAUUGCCUCAUUGAUUUCAGUCAGUUUCUUCCUUAACGGUCACCUCUCUACACGGGCCAUUUUUGUUUUGUUGUUUUUUUUUUUCGGCGGACGGUCGAUACAUGGCAUACAUUCACUCUUCUUUCAACCUCUUUACUAUGGCCACUUUCUUCGAUGUCCCUAAGAUGGCCGUUGUAGAGAGUUUCAACUGUACUUUGAUCAAAUUGAAAUAAUUGGAAAAUAAAGAAAAGAUAUCGUCUCGCAAAAACGGCGAGUUUUAAAAAAAGAACGCAUUACUUAAAGAGAAAGAACGCAUUCACAAAUUACUCUGACUAUUUUACAUUCAACGGAGUACUGGCUUCAUUGUUGAAUCUCCUUUAUCGCUUCCUUAUUUUAAGUCCGCGGACUUCAGUUUUGGGAACGGACAAUUUGUUAAAAGAAAGGGGCCUGGAAACAAUAGAGUGAAGGGACACCUGGUCAGCGGGCUUGUUCCUUUGCACAUGCUCAAUCAGGGUUCGUUGAUUUGGCGUCCAUUUUGAAAGCGUGCAACGGUUUCAAACUUGCUUCUUUGAAAGUUUGGAGAUCGUUCAUAUAUUAUGCUUCUUGAUAGCAUCACAGGACAUCUUAAGGUUGUUACAAUUUAUAAUGGCACUAUCAGCCUUUAGUAAUCGAUCACUUCUCAAGUGCGCAGCAACCCUUUCGGGACGAGAUACUCAGUCAGAAAUGGAGACAGAAACAUCGUGUGAAGCGCAAGCAUUAACACUGGAAUGUUCACAACACAGACCAAGACUGUAUUACACGUAUUACUAAGGCUCUUCGAUACUCAAGAUCUCGCUGAAAAGAGCAGAUAGUAAGGCAAGGUAAGUUGCCCUGGCUCGCCUUUUCUCUAACUUUUUAAGCUUAAUUCCAACUUGUUUAUGAUGAGUUCGAAUGACUGCCUCAAGUACUCAGUAACUAACAUUUCAGUGAGCAAUGAAACCGGCAUUAACCGUUUAAAGUAAAUUAUAACUAAACAUGUGUAUUUAUUUGGCAUAACCUUUCAAUACUAAGCAAGCAACGAGACCAUGACGAUGAAGAUGAUAGUGUAAAAUCAUGUAAGGACUUUGGGGGGCUCGAUAGCAAAAUCCACUAGCCCCGGGCUAUCGGACACUACUUUCUUUGCGCACUGCUUACUCUCUAAUAAUAAUAAUAAUGUACAUCCAGUGGUUUUUCAUAGCACUUUACAACAAUAUUAAUGGAUGACACUUUUAUAAAAAUGCAUACAUUAAAAUAAAAAAAGAUAUACAUUGUAAAACAUUGAACUCUAAUAAUAUAAUAAACCAUUGUUAAUAAAUUUAACAUAUAUAUAUGCUUCAGUCUCCCCAAUUAGUAAGGCACUGUGCCUGUGUUAUAAGACACGAGACUUUAAUAAAGUUCAUUACUAUUAUUAUUAUUAUGAUUAUGAUUAUUAUUAUUAUUAUAGGGUUUCCAUGUAGCAUUUUACCCUGAUUUUCACUCAACUGCAAGUAGGGUUCUAAAUGUAAAUAUUAUUGCCUUUAAGGAAAGCCUUUAACUCAUACUAGUCAAACAUUUUGAAUCUUUAACGGUCAGAUGAAUCUUAUUCAGUUGUGUGAAUUUGUGGACAUUGAAAUCAUUUGCUGCUCAGGUUUUGCACUGUUAUUAGACCCCUUGUGGAAAAUGCCUUAUCGUUUUUUUUCAAAUUUUUAGUCGUGGUUUGUGAAAAGAGGCAUGUGGGGAACCCUGUGUCAAGUAAAAUUGUGCUGAUUGUAGUAAUUUGGCCAUAAGUGCAGGAAAAAAUGUUAUUAAUUAGUAAUAGCAGGCGGUGUCCUCUGGCAACUUAGGGGAUGUUUACACGACACCGGGCCAACUUUUGCCCCGGGGCAAGUUCACUCCGGUUCCCUCUCAUAGCUCUAUAUUUGUUUACAUGAUACCACCACAAAAUGUCAUGCAGGCGCGAGUCACCCCAGCAUGAGUUCACCCCGGUUCUUGUACCGGGGCGAGAAUUUCACACAAUAACACAUUUAUAAAGUACUAAAAAUUACCAUGAUUAGUUUUUCCUUUUGGUUGCUAAGCAUAAACAACAUCCAGUAGCAUUACUGUUUACAAGAAUAUAUGUAAAUACAUGUACACACAAAACUUGCGUGUAAGAACCUUUAUUUGUUAAGUCCAACAAAAUCGAUUCUUGCAUUUAGGGAUAGUAAUUGAAAGUUCUUAAUUUUUAUGAAGAAAUUUGUUGUUGACUAUCAGAAAAUAAAUAAACAAACUCACCGGGUAAUUUCUAACACUGCAAUCUUACAACCAAACUUUAUCAUAAAUAAAUUUAACUGUAAGCCACUUAUGAGAACCUGCCUGACCUUUCCUGGCUAAACAGGUUCAUAUAUUUUAUAAAAUUGCAAUUUUUCUGCCAGUAGGUUCUUAAACCAGUAAGUUAUUUUACUCAGGUUUCUAACCGUAUCGUCAUGUUACAGAUACAAGCAUCUUUUGAAAGGAAACAAUUGGGGCUGCACUUGUUAACCUUGUGCUAUUUUUACUUUCCUAGAAAACUCAGAAGAGGCUGGUAACACUGAAGACCAUGCCCUGGUCAAAUGAGAAAAAGGCACAGGUUGAAGAAGCUGUAGGGAACCUAGCGUACACAAGCUCAGAUGAGUCUGACUUUUCUGAGGAUGAAAGUGGUCAGAGCAAGUUAAGCAGAUACCUUGUCAAAAGGCUUCCAUGGGAGAGGACUUCUCUAACUAAAGCUAAGAGAGAGCUUGAUGAGGCUUAUUCCAGAAGCCUCGAAUCCAAAAGGGUACACCUGGUGACGAGACGCCCGCACCCAAUGCCAUCAACAAGACGCCGACCCACUGAGCCUCUAGAAUGGGCAGUCAGGGCUGAGAAUCCAGCCCCUACACCUGGCACCCGGCCAUCUUCAUCUACAUGUACUAGAACUCCAAGUCAUCCUACGCCAGCAGUUAUACCACCCACCAGCACCCGUCCUCCUUCAUCUGGAACUCCACCUACCCGCACCCGUCCUCCUUCAUCUGGAACUCCACCUACACGCACCCAUCCUCCUUCAUCUGGAACUCAACCUACCCGCACCUGUCCUCCUUCAACUGGAACUCCACCUAACAGCACCCAUCCUCCUUCAUCUGGAACUCCACCUUCCCGUACCCGUCCUCCAACAACUGGAAGUCCACCCACCCGCCCUUCUCCUUCAUCUUGUCCAGCAAGAACUACAACUCCAUCCCCCAGUACCAGUUCUGUCCGUCUGCCAGCAACAGUGACGCCAUCCCCCAGCACCCUUUCUUCAAGAUCUGGAACUUCGUCCCUCUUACCUGACUGUAGCUCCACUCCCAAGACAUCCAAACAAAAAAAAACUUUAAAGUCAAAAAAGGAUGUGGCCGAUAGGCAUUCUGCUUCGCCAGCUUAUUGAUAUUUUUACAAGUACAUUCUUUUUUUUUAUUUAUAUUUUUGUAACAACUUUUUUUGCAGUGAUGCUACCAAAUAGGUAACAGUUUCUAUUUUUACUACACUUGGGAUUGCAUUUUUUUUUAUUUUGACACUUGUUUCAAGGCAUUUGAUACAAACAUUGAUACAAGAACAUGUGUUAAAGUUUCUGUUCAACUUGUUUUUUAAAAAAAGAACGAAGUUUUCAACUUUACUUAUAGUUGUGCAUUUAAAGAAAAAAGCCUUCAAUAUUUCAAGCAAGAAUUAAAUUAUAAGACAAGGUAUUCAAAGAUUCUGCUUUAGGAAUGAAGUUUUCAAUAUUAGUGGUAACUGAUGUUAUUUUGUAACAAGGUUUUCAAUUUUGCAUUUGUCUGUUACAGUUAGACUUAAAGAGAUGAUAGAACAAGAUUUUGAAUGUUUCUGUUCAACUUGUCUUUAAGAUAAGAAUGAAGUUUUCAAUUUUACAUAUAGUUGUGCAUUUCUAGAAAAAAGGUUUAAAUAUUUCAAGCAAGAAUUAAAUUAUAAGACAAUUUAUUCAAAGCUUCUGCUGUAGGAAUGAAGUUUUCAAUUUUACUUUAUUUUAAGUGGUAACUGAUGUUAUUAUUGUAACAAGGUUUUCAAUUUUGCAUUUGUCUGUUACAGUUAGACUUAAAGAGAUGAUAGAACAAGAUUUUAAAUGUUUCCGCUACAGUAUGAAAAUUGAUUUAAGUACAAAUGGUGACAUAUAAGAAAAUGAUUUUUGAACAAAUAAAACAGAAUUUGAUUGAAUACGGCAGAUUGAUUGAUUUAACUGGCUCCUUUCCUUCCCAACGUUGUAUUUUCUCAUUUUAUUUUCCCUCUAGGGUUUAAAAUAAUUAUGCAAAGAAGAAAAUAGCAGAAAAUGUAAUCAUGUCUGUUGUUGAGCUUUGCCUUCCAGCCAAUACAUGAGCAUGUUGCAACUUUACACCAGUUAUACAUUUAAAUCUGGCUUACUAAGAUGCCUAAACGCUUUAUUUAGAUGUAAAGGUGGCGUAAAUGUGGAGUUUAUACCAGCUAUACGUAUUAUGUCUGUUGUCGCGCUUUUUCUGCAAGACAAGAGCAUGUUAACUUUACAUCACAGUACAUAUAAAUCUGGCCUAAAGAUGCCUAUACACUUUAUUUAGAUCUAUGUAAAGGUGGCGUAAAUGUGAAGUUUAUUCAAGCUUUACGCUGGCUUUUAGUCCACUUACAGGUGUUUCUUUACUCCAGCUUUACGCAAAAGUGUAAAUGUAGCGUAAAGCUUAACUUUACGUAAUGUAAAGGUCGUGUAAAGGUGUGUAAAUCCAAACUUUACACCAGCUUUACGCUCACAUUAUGCUAACUUAAAUUUGCCUUUUCAUGCUGUGUAAACCUGAAGAAAACAAACUUUAUCUUAUUUAAGCCUAGACAGAAAAGGUAUCAUUUUCCAAAGCAAAUAUGCAUAAAUGAACAGAGAAUCGAACAGGUUAAGGAAACGGUCUUCCUCGGUGUAGUCCUUGAUGAACAUCUGUCUUGGAAACCGCACAUUUCUCAAGUAGCUCGUAAAAUCUCGAAAUCAAUGGGUGUCAUUAAUAGAGCAAGAUUUUUUCUACCUAAACCUUGUCUAAAAACUCUUUAUUAUUGUUUAGUUUAUCCUUAUCUUCAUUAUUGUAUUAUUGUCUGGGGAUAUACGUACAAAACCAAUCUUCGCGGUCUUGUCUCUUUGCAAAAGCGAGUUAUCAGAAUUAUUUCUAAAUCAACUUUCGAUUCUCAUUCAGACCCUAUUUUCAAAGACUUAGAGCUACUAAAAGAAUUGGGUAAACUUAUGUUUUCUCUUAACCAUUCUCUUUUGCCUUCAAAGUUUAACAAUUAUUUUUCUUUAAACAAACAAGUCCAUAGCUAUGCCACUAGACAUGCGAACGAUUUUCACCUUCCCUUUUGUACAACAAACCUUCGUAAAUUUUCUGUCAGUUUCUAAGGACCUACUUAUUAUAACUCUAUAGAAAAUGAUAUUAAAGAAUCAAAUUCUCUCCACUUAUUCAAAACGAAAUUGAAAAUAAAAUUAUAUAUGAAUUAUUAGUUAUAAAUCUUGUAGUAAAUAGUUAUAUUUCUUCACAUGUCUGAUUUUAUUUUUAUACUUAUUGUUACAUGUUACCAUACCCUAUAUUUUGUCAACUCAGUCUAUGUAAUUAGUUAAUUUAUACGUAACUUCAUUGCAUUUCCUUCUGGGAUCGUUAAUGGAACGCGGCAGUCAGCCAUUGGCCAUUUUUUCCCUGUCCUUAGUAACAGUCCCAGAAGUCUUUGCAAAAGUUAACUCGGCUUUGUUCCUGUAUCUAUUCUUUUUCUUUUUGAUUUUUUUUUUUUUUGAUUUUAUUUUUAUAGCUCCCCUUGCACCAUACGUUGGAGAGAUAACUGAUAUAAGCGCCUCGAAGUCAAGUGCUGUUAUCCAGUUAUGGCCUGCAGAACAAAGAAAUGGCCCCAUAAGGUAUGAUCACAGCCUUAUUUGUUCCCUCAUUAAUAGAUUUCCGAAAAACAUUUCCCAAAAAAUUCACCUUCUUUCAAACAAAUCUUUUUGUAAAAGCCCAAACCCAGUAAUUUUAAAAUAAGAGCACGAAAAAACGCGCAGGUACUAGCCCUGACAAGCUUUUUACACACAAACCUUUCGCCUUCCUCUCCUUUCUGCCGUCCUGUCGCGUAAAUGUACUACUAUUAUCGCAAAAGUAGACAUUGUCACGCUUGUCACACAUACUAAGUUCAUUAAUGCUGAAAUGAGAAUACCAGCGUUCCAACAUAUAUUAUAACAUAACAAAAGUAAAUCGCGCGCUCUGAUUGGUCAGUUAGCCACUACCAUUUGCCCGUGGGUACACGUCAAGAAACUGAGCUAGCGAGGUAAAAUUUAGGUAAAUUCAACAAAUCUCCUCUCCUGACGGUAAAAUACACCGAUGAAAUGCACAGAUGAAAAGUGGAAGUUGAAGAAAAUACUAAGCUGUCGUUUUGAAGGAAAAGAGACAAAAGAUCAAGGGACAAAUUUGCCCUGAAUGAAUUAAUCACUGUUUUCCUUGCGGCUAGAAUCGGCUGAAGGAAAAUCGAGCGAAUAUUUUGUGUUUUUUUUUUUAUAGAAGAGAAAGUCUGUUUGAAAUGUAAAUUUAUCAAUUAGCAUUGUGUUAUUGACUUUUUGGUCAAGCUGAUGCUAAAUUCAUGCAAAGGUUUAAGAAACACGCUCAAAUUCGAGACAGAUUUGUUGUGAAGUUUUCAUCGCAUCGAUUAAAAAUUUUAGUUGCGUUUAAACGGGCACAUUACGCUGGAAUAAGCGAAUUUCAUUUGAGUACAGAAACAUUUGGGUUUUCAAAUACAUUUUUUAAAAAAAUAACUGCUGUGUAUAUUAUUUUGUUCCUCAGUGUUCAUUCAUAACAGUCGUUCCGAGAACGGUCGAAAAACAACAGCUUCAGCGCCGGCUUUGUGUCGGCAAAUUUCAGUUGCAACUUUGACUUUCAUAGCUGGAUUUCCCCAGACAGAUUUCGAUACAAAGCUAGUUAAUUUCUUUCAAGAGCCAUAAUCUUUUUAAAAUUAGCGUUACCUGUUAUUCUAAAGGAAUUACAGUCAAAUUUUCUUAUUUCUACUUUACGUUUAUUUCACAUAAAUAAGCUUGAUAAUCACGAGUUUGACUAAUAGUCGCGGGUCGGGGGUCGCGGGUCGGGGGUCGCGGUCGCGGUCGCGGGUCCAAUGUCGCGGUCGCGGGUCCAUUGUCGCGGCAGGGGAAAAUUAUUUGGAGUUCGAGGUAACUGAGAGACAACGAGUGAUAUGAAAAAAAUAUAAAGGGAAAAAAAUCGUUUUUAUGCAUGAUACUCUACGGUCACCAAUUUAAAGGUUACGGAUGUUACAGUCAACAAAGUAAUGUCUCAAGAAAAGACCUUAAAGAAAAAGCUGGCCGACUUUUGUGUUCGCCGCAAGUUCAUUUUGUUUUCUUUCUAUCGGGCCCAGUUAUGUAUAAAUUCAGCUUUGCAUGUACUUAUGCAUAACAGCAUCUGAUAAAAAAUGUUACCAUGAGUUACCAUUGUUUUCUUCUUGUCUAUGAAUUGCUCACAAAUUCUUAGGGGUGCAUUCACUGAAAAAUGUGCGAUACACUUCAUAGACUAUAAAUUAUAAACGUUACAACAUCUUAAAACCUUUUUUAAAAAAGGCUAACUCGGGCUCGAAAAGCUACGAGUCUGUUGGUAGAAGAAACGAGAACUGUUUCAAUUUUAACAAAUGUUUUCGGCAAAAAUAAAGAAAACGCUUGUUGAAAAACUUCCUGGUCGUUGUUACGAAAAACUGUAUUGCGUGACUAGUGGGACUUUCUAGAAGCUUCGCGAGUGUUCAUAAUUUGUUUAUUUUAAGAUCUUGUGAAACCGUUUCUAAAAGCGGUAUAUUUUGUGAUCUUUCUAUAAUUAGACUAGUUGGAAAGUUCUAGAAUAUAAGGUAGGCGAGCCCGAGUUAAGUUUUAAAUAGUUUUCACAAGCGAAGAGAAUUUGACGUUGGUCGUGUUUAGUCAAGUGUGACGAAGGCAGUGUUUAUUCAAGUUGGCGGAGGCGGUGCAAGUUUAUCAAGUUUAUUCAAGUUGGCGGAGGCCGUGUAAGUUUAACGAGUUACGUGCUGUUGUGGAGUUUUACUCAGUGGAAACUACGUUCAUCUUUGGAAUAAAUCUUCUUGUUGCUGUUCCGACAACCCUGCGUUCAGUUUAGUUUGCAAGCUACCCGUCCUCUAAAAGAUUACCCGCGUAACAGUCGCAAACUCCCAAAAUAAACUCUUUGCACAAGUAACUGGAAAGAGGAGGAGAGACGUUGGGCUUGAAGUGCCAGUAAAGUACAUUCAAGCGGGUAUUCAAGGCAUGAAUUUGAUAAAAAACAAGUGAUAAUCCACAGCAAGAGGGGAUAAAGCUCGAGCUUUAUCCUCUCUUGUGCACAGAAAGGAGCUCGAGUUUGUUCCCACUAACGAUUGAAAUCCGGAAUCCAAGUUCUACCAGGAGAGAAUAGAUCAUAGUCUCUUGGUUCUACUGACAAAGACUUGAAUUCGGGACUUAAAUCCAGUACGUGGAAUCUGGAAUUACUUACCUAAUUUAUUGUCUUUUCUUAGCUCUGGUGGAGUUGAUAACUUACCGUUUUCAGUGUCCGGUUUUCUUUCUUUUUCAGCUUCAUGAUAUCGGGCGUUAUUAUUUCCUUACCUACUUACUCACUUAGUUAUUUACGAUGCAUGUUUUCAAGAUUUGACUGAGACGCACAUUGAAUGGCUUCCUAUUGUCAGGUUGUCCUGGUUGCCAUUUAGGUGAAGAGAACAAGAAGUUAUAUUGAACACUCUGGGUUGCCGUCUCAGUUGUAAAAAUAAAAGCAUUAAGCGAAAAUCUUGCUUCUAGGAACAGACUCCUUUCUGUGGAUUUUUACUUGUUUCCAUAUUAAAUCCAUGCCUUGAAUACCGCUUGAAUGAAGUUUCAUGCGCCUGUUUACAUUUUCUUUCAGUUUUGCCGAAAACAUUUGUUAAAUAUAAGAGUUCUCGUUUCUUCUACCGACAGACUCGUAGCUUUUUGAGCCCUAGUUGGCUUUUUUUAAAAAAAGGCUUUAAGUUGUUGUAACGUUUAUAAUCUGUAGUCUAUGAAGUGUAUCGCAUAUUUUCCAGUAAUUGAACCCCUAAGCAUUUGUGAGCAAUUUAUCGACAAGAAGAAAGCAAUGGUAACUUAUGGUAACUUUUUUAUCAGAUACUGUUAUGCAUAAGUAUAUUCAAAGCUGAAUUUACGCGUAACUGGGCCCGAUAGAAAGAAAAAAAUAUAAACUUGCGCUGAACACAAAAGUCGGCCAACUUUUUCUUUUAGGUCUUUUCUUGAGACAUUAUUUUGUUGACUCUAACAUCCGUAACCUGUAAUUGGCUACCGUAGAGUAUCGUGCAUAAAAAAGAUUUUUUCCCUUUAUAUUGUGUUCAUAUCAGUCGUUUUCAUUCGGCUGUUACCUCGAACCCCAAAUCAUUUUCCCCUGCCGACUCCCUGCCGCGACAUUGGACCCGCGACCCGCGACCCGCGACCCGCGACUAUUAGUCAAACUCUCAUUUCAUUUAUUUAGUUUUAGCUUAUUUUUUAGAGUCUUUUUAGUUGGUGUUUAUAGUUGCAGCUAUAGUUUUCCCUCAAAGUUUUUACCCUGAGAGCAAGUAGACAGAUGCCAUUCAGAAUAACAACAAAAAACGUUUUGCAAUUUUCCUGAAGACGGAGAACGGUUGAUUCAGCAAAAGAAAAACUCAAAGGCAAGUUUUUGAAAAACAUAGAACAUGAUUUGUUUACGCGCGGGCAGAUGGCAGCAUACAUGAACUCGGACCGAUGACUCAAGCGAAGGCAAAUGGAAAAUAAUGUUUAUCUCUUUUAAUUAUGUUAUAAAAGAAAUGGUAAACGUUGCAGCUGUGCAACCAUGGAUUUAUGGAUGCACGCACGUUUACCAUUUCUUAAUUUACAUAUACUUCUUGUUACUCAAAGGGAUCUAUCCAGGGUGGAAAUGUGCAACAAAAAUUGACCAGCGGUUUGCUUAAGUGGCUCGUAGAUCCAUGAAACUUUGACAAUGAUAAGACAUCAUUUUAUCAUUAAUAAGAGGACUGACAUAUAUAAAAACCUAGUGUCAAUUUACAGUAACAAAAAAACUAGCAUAAUGUUAUUGUCAAUAACUUUUCUCGCUUGGUGAUUGGCUACUGAAGACAAGUAACUGAGUUCCAUUGGCUAGAAAUUUGACAGGUUGAGACACCUCACUGCCAGUACAAUACAAUAAUUUUUAUUAACUCUCCCAAAGGGCUAUUCUGAAGUUAAUCUACAAAUGCUAAAAAAGAAGGGGAUAAGAAGAAAAAGCUUAAAUUGAUUACAAUCUUGGUACGAAACUAAAAGCCUAAACUAUGCGCGUACAAUUUGGAGAUCUAAACUAAAUCAAAUAUAAACCAUUUACCGUAUGGGGUCUUCUCCCGCAAUUCGCUUUUGACGCUCCUCUUAAAGGUACAUAGUUACGGGCUAUUUGUAGUGUCAGCGGUCAGAGGGUUCCAGGCACUUACAGCGCGAUAGUAAAACGACCGUUGUGUAGUAACUGUUCUGCAUAGAGGGAGAUUUAGAUUGUCCCUUUUCCCCGUGUUGUGCGUCUGAUCACUUACUGAGUUUACUACUCAAGUACAACGGAGCGAGGUUAUUAACAAUUUUGUAUACUUAGGUAUAUAGUAUCACGGACUAAUAGCUGAUCUUUGAUGGAGGGCCACCCUAACUCUCGAAGAACAGGCGAGAUGUGAUCAAUCUUUUUAGUAUCUGUUAAUACGCGGGCGGCGAAGUUUUGCACUAAUUGUAACUUCUGCCCUGCAUAACAUUAGGAAUUUAUUGUUUUCCAAACUUCAGAACAAGAAUGAGAUCAGCGAUGUUUAUUUUCUCGAAAUAUAUAGUCGCAAACUAGCCCAAGGUUAAAAAUUAUUCUAAGGAAAGAUUUUCGAGCCGUUAAAAUAACCGAACAAGUCGAAGAGAUGUAUGGUUGAGCUGUCUUUAGAGCACUAGCCAGGAAGUUUUGAAAACUUGCUAACCGAACAGUACGAACAUAUAUCGUGUACCUGUUGCUUAUUUCAGUUCAAGUCUUGUUUUUCGUCGUAAACGCCAUUCAGCUAUAUGAGCUAUGUGCAAUCAAACCGAAAGGUGGGUUUUAUACUCAUGUAGUUUUCAAUUUAACUUACCAGGUACUUACAAAGUUUAACAAGUUUGUAUAAAAAGUUUGUUUUGCUUUCGGAAAAAAGGAUCAGAAAAUACUCAGUCCUAGUCAAAAGAAAACUGAGGUAGUUAAUGUCUUUAUUUUGAAUAAGGUAGACUUUCAGAAUUGUUUUCUUAUUUUUGUUAUGAAUAUUUAAAGCUUAUGUGAAUCGCAGUUUUGAAGCUGUACAAUUUCAAUUUCCAUUUUUCCUUGAAAAGUCCUUAAAUUCCUGUGCAAGUCAUUGAAAAGUCCUUGAAUUUUCUUCAACUUUGAAUGUAGUUGCCUGGAAAGUAUUUUUUGAUGCUUUUUGGUUGUCUAAGACCGAAUACAAAUCAUAGUUUAGAGAAUUUAAAGGUGAUUUAAAUAAAGUGCUUUAUGUCUUAUACAGGUGAACUGAAAAAAGUAGAGAAGUUGGUCGGAAGCAACCAGUUCAAGCCUUAUUAGAAUAAACUGGGAAUGUGAAUUUUUGUACAAUCUGUGAAAUUAUAUUCCUAGUACAUGGUCCUUGAAAAUCUAAUGUGGUCCUUGGAACGUCCUCGAAAAAUGGCUGCAGUUUUUCUAUGAACCCUGUUAAUAACAGAUUUAUUACUGGAGUGCAUAAAAGGGAAAAAGGAAAAUGAGUAAAUUAAUGAAUGAAUAAAUAAAUAAAGAUAAGACUUAAAUUAUAUUUCACUAAAAAGCUGGUUGAAUCAUUCCUCUAUCUUCUAAUACUCUUAACCUAACGCAAUGGAUCCCUAUAGUAAAUAAAUAAUUUUGAUUAGCGUUCCUACAACUGACACUAAUAACCAUCUGAUAGUUUGGUCCGAUCUGUUUUCGCUCUUUGAAUCAAUGAUCACUCCGAAGUCACACUUCAUAAUUAUUGUACCAACAUCGUAUAUUAGGGCACCAGAAGACCUCAAAAUAUUCACCAAGCAAAAAUUUCACCCCUUCCAAGUAACAAACACACUAAAAACACUACAUUCAUUCAUUUUUUCAGUGCUUAUCAGGUUAUAGUUCUGAAGGUGGCUGAUGGCACCGAGAACCUUCCACCCGAUUUUGAUUCCAAGCUCAAAAAUUCAGAGGGUGCUUCGCAAUACAACAUCGACUUUUACGUUUCUGCUGAGAUAAGUAACGAUCCAGUGCACGAGACAACCUGGAAAUUCACAGUUGGUGAUGAGAAAAACUAUGGAGCUUACAAAAAUACCGCCUUACAACAAGGGGAGGAUUAUAUUUUCUUCCAGAGAGCUUUGACU